GGGAGGGCUCAACGUGACCUGGGCUGUCUGAGCUGGAGAUUGGCGCCAAGCGUGGGCUCCUGGGGGCCACUGGCGGGACAGCAGCAAGGCUCAGCCUGAACCCCCGGCCAUGGUAAGAAUUGGGGGCUAAGGAGUGCAAUGGCAGCGAUCCUGCUUUACUUUCCAUCCUAACAGAGCCAUGCUGGGCAUGCUUUACACUGGGCAUGGAGCUGGGCACAGGGGGGCAUCCAUCCAUCCAUCCAAGCAGAGGAUACUGUAACCCCCUUCACUGCUGGGUGGGAUUAUCUGAGACACAUUGUAUCAGGGUCUUAUACUGUACCAGGAGUUGCCCUACACGUGGGUAUACAGGGCCCUGCCUUGGACACUGUGGUGGGUGGGGGGUAUUAAUCUAAACCCAGAAACCCACCAUGCUGGAAAAAAAAAAAACAACACACACCAUGAUAUGGUAUGUUUACCUAUACUUAGUAGUGGAGGAGUGAUGGCAUGUUAUGGUAUAUUUUUAACUAUAAUUAUGAAUGGAGGAAUGAUUGCUGCAUACUGUGUGACUCAUUUUAAAAUAAUGCCACAAUUACCCAUAUCUGGAUGCAGAGGACCAGCACCUAGGGUAGAAGGGGGUGGAUGCCAACCCCCCCUCCCUGGCAUCCACCCCUUGUACCCUAGGUUCAGUCCAGGCCUGUGUACAGGAACAGAGGAGUUAAUUUAUUUUGUCACACAUUACCAUAUCAUUAUGCUUGCUUGCUGAAUUACCCCACACUCUCUCCUGGAUCAUCAAUAUUUACCUGCAGACAGUUUAGCAAUGUAAAUUAUAGUUUUACUUGAGUGCUAGCUCCUGGGCUUCAGUGGGGAUGUAUGAAAAUAAAAUUGUAAGAUUUUACUCCCUGUUAAGUAGGAUGUGUAUACCCACAAACACCUGCUUAAUACGAACAGGAAACCUUACAUAAAACGAUGUCAUAUACUCUUUUAUUGUCAGUUUUGUAGCUGUAAUCUGCACAUCACAACAUGUUAAAGAUGUACUGUUUUGUGUGUUUUUUUUUUUUUUUCUCCCCUUUUGUGAGAUGACUGUUGCAGAACAAAGCCUUGGCUCACGUUUUCAAGCCAGAUGAAUAUAAAACACACACUUAACUGAAACAGUGUGUUAAAGUCAAUUUCUUAGCGUGUAAAAUUAAAUAAGGGCUAACUUGUAUAUUUAUUUCUUUAUACAUUUGUUUAAAUGAGUAUAUCAGUAGCAUUAGUCCUCAGGCCCAGUUGACGAGCUGUUUGCCCCCAAAUAAUAAUAGGGGGGUCCCUGCAUAUUGGGCCACUGCAACUUAAGUGCGGCAAUGUCCGUUAACCUGCUUUUUAAAAAUUGUGCUACUUUCAUUGCUCACAGACAGGCAGCUGGGGUUUGGGCAUGACAUGUGAGCAAUGUAAACAGAACUUUUUUUUUUCUCCUUUCAAAAAACUUUAUUAUCAGAACAUUUGCAGUUUUGUUUACAAGAUGUCAUGGUAUGUCUCACAGUAAGGCAGAACAAUGAUCGAGUGUAACAGUACAUGUAUAAAUUGAUGGCUGGUUUCUCUCUACUAAUCACGAGGAACAACACGUAAUCUAACAAUUUUACAUAUAAAAGAGCACACCUUUCACAUACAGUGUAUUUGUAAAGGACUAUCUGUUCAAUUAAAUAUAAAAAAAUAAAAUGACAUUUUCAGCGAUAUAUGUGUACAAUACUAGUGCAGCUAAAUCAGAAUAUGCUAAAAUAAAUUUGAUGGCAUAUGCCUUCAAUUUGGGAAUUGCCUUUUAUGACUAGUGUGGUCAUCUAUUUCUGAUGGAUACAUUCGUUUUCCAUAAAGUACAUUUCUGUUUAAAACGCAAAGUGAUUUGAAGUGGUCAUGGUGCCUGGAGUCUCUAUGGGCAGUGUUUAAGUUUGAAACGUUGCAAAUACAAAAUUAAAGUCCUUUGCUUCUGGAGGUGUAACAUAACCUCUGGCAUCGGCAUUAGCUGGCCUGGAACAUGUGCUUUAGGCUGGCUAAUGUUACAUUGGUGCAUACUGGGCACCUGUCAUGGGCGUGCAUUACAUACUAGCAACAGUUGACUUAUGGUGCCAUGGCCAUUGCCUCUGUCCCUGCCAAGUCACCCCCCCUCUGCCCCAGAGAAGUCCCUCCCCUGCAGUAAGGGUAAAGUGAUGUCACUGGAGUAGGAUCAAGUUGCAGGACAACAGGGGAAGGGGGGCAUGCUAGUAGGGGUACUCAAGCCCAAAAUAGUGUUUUUAGUUGGAGUAACCCAUUAAAGGUUUUGUGCAUCCCUUGGUUCUGGGCACUGGCAAAACUUUGUGGCAUCGUAGCUCCAUUCCACAAAGCAAACAGAUUAUUUACUAAACUAAGAAUUGCAAGUGAUUCAAAAUAAAUGGUGCUAUAAUGCUAUGAGCACUAUACACAUCCUUUUUGUGUGUGACUUUGACACUUAUAACCUGCCCCUCUUUACACACAUUCAUAAUGCCGAAAAGUGCACUUCUACCUUAUCGAGUGCAAUUCUGUCCACGAUAGGCUGUCUGCCAUGGGAAACCCCUAUGUUGUAUCAUUGAAAUUUUUUUUAUAUAUUCUCUAGGUGGAAAAUUAUAUUUUCGAUUAUUCACAUUUAGUAUUUUGCAUAUGUACUGCUAAUUCAUUAACUUGUCUUCUAAUCUCCCGUAUUAAUUUCUAGGAUAUUCGUAAAUUUUUUGGGGUUACCCCAGUUCCAAAAAAACCUAACUCUGGAAGUACUGAUAAAGAGAAAGCAAAGAGUGUUGCUGCGCAAAAGAAAUCAAAGGAUAAUAAAGUAAGUCAUUUUCUCCCUUUUAUUUUUUUUUUAAUAUAUGUUUUAGUCUUGACAAACAUUGACUCUUUAAGGACACAUGACGGAAGUUGUCAGUCAUGCUGGCCUUUUACUUCUGAAGCUGUGUCCUCAAUGGGAUAAAGUGGCACUGUCACUCUGCAUUUAGUUUGUUAAAAGUUCCAUCUUAAAGGAUGACUCCAAACACCGUAACCACUUAAUUGAUUUGAAGUGGUCAUGCAGCCUGGAGUCUUUUUUCCUUUUAUUCGCAUGUAUGUAGCUCCAGUAUAUAGCGCUUAACAAUUAUACAAUGGGGUUAUUUGUAUCAAGUCAUUGACAUACAAAAUAUAACAGAGCGAAGAGGUUAAGUGGCUCAAACAAACUUACAAUCUAUGAGGUGUGCAGUGAUUUGCUUUGAAACACUGCACAUACAGAGUUUAAUCCCUCUGCGACCUGGGGGGUGUCAUUAGUCAGCCCAGAAAUAGAGUUUCAGGCUGGCUUAUGUCAAUGUAGGGCUUUUUCCUAUGCACAGAACUGCAUUCAUUGGCUGAGAGUGGUCAGCUGACUUCUGGCCAAUGAAUGACCUGCUGGAUCCACUUCUGCAGAAGCCAGAAGUCCUCACUGGCCACAAGAGGACUAUUGUCAUCUGUCAGGGUCCCAGGGAAGAGGGCAAAUGGUUGUAGAGUACUCAUGUCAUUACAACCACCACAGCUGGCUGUCAUGCUGAGUAUACUUGGAGUAGCCCUUUAAAGAAACACUAUAGCUGUAGGAAUACAACAUGUCCCAUCCCCCUGAGUGCAUGCAAAAAGAUAGUCUCACCUACCUGUCUUACCUCGCUGCACUGUUCUAUCCACAGGUGCCCCUUCUCUUUGGCCAAGAUUAUCAGCCUUGAUGAACUCAGUCAAUCCAAUGCUUCUUCUAAGGAAAGCAUUGAGAGGCUAGAGCGCAUGAUCGACAAAUCUCUGCGUUGUGCCAAUCAAGUGCUACUCUACGAGCAGCAUUUGAUUGAAAACAAAGUUUGUGAUGUGUUAACUCUGUAGUGGAAGCAUUGCAGUGUAUUCAAAACUGCAAUGAUUUACAUUGGAGGGUUAAAGCUACAGGGCCACUGCACCCAGAUAACUUCAUUGGCACAAAAUGGGUUUGGUGCCUUUCAUGAUUAUUUAAGAAAUGGUAGGGGUGAGUUAAGUAGAGUAGGGGUGCUCAACAAUGAGAACACAGACUCUGCUUACUUUUUUUUUUUUUUUUUAAUUUUAUUAGUAAUUCAGUGUUAGGAACUACAUGUGUGGUAAAUAAUUGGAAGUAGUGCUCCAGAUAACAUCAGUAAUUAUUGUUCUCAAUUUUAACUUGGAGCUCUUCAUUCUUGAAAACAUCUGUUCACAAAAAUACAUGCUUCCGAAGAGCAAGAAGAUUCUCGACACCUGCAUUCUUAAAUUGGCAAAUGUUCCCCUUUCUCCAUACUUUUGGUAAAAUAUUAAGAGACACUUCAUUAAAUUUUAUCAUUAGGUCUGAGUCACAUUGAAUUUCAUUAAUUUCCAUUUGCAUGUCCUCUGGAGCCUCCAUUACACUCAAAGAGCAGGUGUUAGUUAAUAGUGUUCAGGAGCAAAAUCUGCAUACUUAAGAAAUUUAAUUAAUUCAGGUCUUGAAGUUGGCACUUACAGAGUUCUAAUUUAAUCUGAAAAGUUGUUUUUGGUCUCAUUGAAAGGUCUGGUGGACCACAAUUGGUCUUUGGUGCGUGUGUUUAUCACCCUAGAUGUAGAGCAUGAUCUUUGGUGAUGGGUGAAGCUUAAAGGGACACUCCAGGCACCAAAGCUACUUCAUCUAAAUUAAGUUAUUGUGCCAGGAGGCACUUUUACCUCAAGUGGUUAAACCGUUCUCAUGUUUAAACCGUUUAACCCCAAUGUUGCCCCCAGCGGUGAUGUCCACUCCCCAGUGGUGACAUCCAGUUUCUGAAUUUUCAGAUUCGGGAAGUGUGGAGUGCCCGAGGGCAAGGGUGCCGCUGAUUGGUUAAAAGCAGUCCGCUGAUGCUCUCAGCCAAUCGGUGGCUCCCCAUUUCCUAAACUGGCUUGAGAAAGGUUAAUUGGUCUGAGCUGAAGACUGGUAUGGAGCUGCAGAGCCAAGAGCAAAAAUUGUGCAGUUAGCAGGUCACAAUGUGCACACACCUCUUAUACAGAUAACAGGCACGCUAGAUUCACAUGUCAGAGAGCAGUGUGAGAAGUAUAUAUUAUAUAACACAACUUAAAUUUGAAAGGCCAUUGCUUCUAUCCAUGCCUUAAAAGUUACUUGCUACUGCAAGCAUGAAGGGUCCUUUGCACACUUGCUAGGGGUGCAUUUGUACUCACCGGGGAUACACAUUUACUUGCCAAUGGCAAGUAGAUAUCCAUCUAGCUCUCCCCCUCUUGUUUAAGAGUCAAGCCUGAAAUGGAGUACUCUGUAUUCUUUAGGCUGCACUUAUUUAUAUGGAAAGUAUAUUAUUACACACAAUUGUGCUCUCCUUCUCAUCGCUUGCACUAAAUAUUGCAAUGGUGGAGGUUGAGGUGUCUGCAUUCCUCUGUGCUGUUAGGUUGGGCAGCAAGCUUUGGAGAGGUGUAUGAAGUCACAGGUUUCAGACUCAUUUAGGGUGAGGCUGUUUUCUGUCUAGGUAAUAUAAAGCUAUAUGCAUGUUUUAUAUAGAAUAUUGAUGGCCUUAACACUCCGCAUCGGUUUAGAAAAACACCCCUAUGAAUCAGAUCAAAAACUAGUUUUGUAUUAACUCUUGUUUCCUCUUACUCUAUUUUAGGUAAAGAGUCCAAAUGAUGACUUAAAAGGGAAGAAUGUCGGCAAGAAAAGGAGAGUGAUAUUUGACUCUGGUAAGAUUACUGGAGUGAUCCAAUUUAACUGUUUGAACACAACGAGCUUUAAUGUGAAAAUCACACUUGGUGAAAAAGUGUGUGUUACAUACAUAGUACAGAUUAAGUUUCACUAAUUAGUUUAGUUUGGCCAUCCAAGUACCUGUGUCCUGUACCUACUGGACAGGUGAAUGCUACACAAGUAGUUACAUAGCCUCACAGGCUCCUUCCGUGCAUACUAUGAAGGGUCAGAAGCUGUAAUCUUGUACAAGCACAGUGAGGAGGCUUCAGGAAUAAAUGUUGAUGAAGAUCUGUUAUCAGGUUAGGCAGCAGUUUCAUUCUUCUGAAUGAAAUAUCUGCCAAGCUUGUCAGUGCUAAACUGGGGUUUACAGCAUAUGCUCUGCAUCCAUUAAAAGCCAAUCCCGCCAAUCAGUUGCAAUUGGAAUAAUGAAGUACAAUGUUCUGGUAGAAUUAGUUCUCUUCUGUACCCUCUGGUAAAAGUCUCCAGUGGCCAGUACUAUGAGAGAGUGCAAUGCUGGAUUAGAUUUAGAGAUUAUAAUAAAUAAAAACAAAGUGCCAUUGAAAGUUAAGAGAUGUCACAAGUCAUUUGAAAUCUUUAUUUGUAAGAUCUAAAUAAUAAAUGCAAUAAGGAAGUGUAAAACACAUUUGAACCAGUUAUGCAUAAUGCACACGCUGUAUUAAAGUAAGUGAGCCUGCUUUAUUUAUGGUUAGCUGUUAAAUAUUGUUACUUGAAAUGGUUUUGUCUGACUUCUUCACCCAAUAAUUUCCUCUCCAGAUUCUGAAGAAGACACACCGCCAGUUCAGAAAACCAAAAAGUCACGUGAGAAGUCACCAUCACCUGUACAGGCCAAAAAAAUCAUUAAACCGGACCCGGUCUGCUAUGUUUCUGAAAGUGGUAAGUUAAAUAAUAAAACUUGUAUUGUGAUCCAUACCAACCAAUACCCCUUUCAUCUCUUCAUUUAGGUUUUUUUUAAUUGUACCAAUUUUUUUGUUUUUAUAUAUCAUUUUCCCCCUUCCUUCUCUUGGGUAGCCUUAAAAGAACACUUUGUUAGGAAUACAAACAUGUAAUGCUAACACUAUAGUGCUGGACCACCAUUAUAGGUCCCUGGCCCUGCUCAGAAUGGACUAAAAAGAUUUUUAACUUACCUUUUCUCCAUGGUAGCGCUCCAUGGCAUCAUUCUUGACGAUUUCAGCCAAUCCAAUGCUUUCCCAUAGGAAGGCAUUGGGAGGCUAUUGCAUAUGCAUUCUGCAAAACGCCGCGUUGCGCCAUGCAGUUCGUGGAGACGCUGAAUGUAGGUACUGCACACACUGCAGCAUUCAAAUAGGAAGCACCUCUAGUGGCCGCGUGAGUGACUGGACAUAGAGGUGUUACUAGGCAGCAAUGUAGCGUUUACAUUGCUGAGCCAGCUGGGACAUGCUGUAGACACCAGAACCACUAAAUUAAGCUGUAGUGGUUCUGGUGACUACAGUGUCCCUUCAGAGUCGAUAGUCUGUGUAACACUUUGAACAGAAACAGUAUGUUUUCCUGGCACUAUAGUGGUCCUUUAAUCACUGGUGGUAAAUUGGUAAAAUCUUUGGGGAGGAAUUCACUAUGUGGCUAUAGCUGUUGGCAUUGAGCAUGUCAUGUGAUGUGCAGAUAGCCAACUUAUAUUUUUGGAUAACAUUUAUAAAACCAUAAAAAAAAUAUAUAAUUACAUUGCUAAACACAAAUACACACACCAGUCAAGCCAUAAGACUUGCUUUUACCACAGAAAUCUCACUUUAACAGUGUACUCACUAUUGCAAGGCAUUCUGGGUAGGAUUAUGCAAAUGAGCUCAACAAAGAACUGAAUUUUUGCCUCAUAAUUCCACUUUAUACAUGGAUUCCUUGGGGUAUGUGUCUGCUGUAUACAACAGCUUUGAAACACAACAAAACAGCUGUCCAUGAGUGGUUCACUUGCUUUGCUCCUCUUCCCGAGUUGUUUCAAAGCUGUUGUAUGCAGCAGACACAUACUCCAAGGAAUCCAUGUAUAAAGUGGAAUUAUGAGGCAAAAAUGUGGUUCUUUGUUGAGCUCAUUUGCAUACGCCUUUGCAGUAGUGAGAGCACUGUUAAAGUGAGAUUUUAAUGGUAAAAGCAAGUCUUAUGGCUUGAUUGGUGUGUGCAUUUGUGUUUAGCAAUGUAUUUUUUUUAAUUUAUUUUUUUACAUUCUUUAUUUUUGUUGUGCUUCGAAUGAAUACAGGUAUGCUCACAACAUUAGAAAGCUGUCUUAGUGUGAUACACGAUAAAAAGAACAUUGGUAUGACAUUUGCAGAAACAGCACAAUUUUAGAGACUAGAAAACAAGCUAGGUUUAAGCUAGGCAGUUAUGUCUAUGAUGGUAAACAUUAACACUAUAUAGUCUAAUAAAGCAUAGCAGGACAUUCGUUUUAAACUUACAACAAGUACUUUUAGGUAUGCACAUAUGAGGUAUGAGAGUCUGCUAAAUAGUAAGCUUGGGUGUCGGAGCAGGCUCGGCAUGUUAAGAUUAGUGUCGCCAAGGUGGACCGCAUAGGGUGUUAGUUGGUUAAGCAGGGUAGUGCUUCCUAGCUACUGUGUGGGCUUAGUUGAGCUAGCGUUUGGUGUUAGGUAGCUGGUGCGUGAGUCCUCAAAUGUGUGGUAAUUAAUGCCACAGAGUGGGGCAAGAUUAAAAGAAACUAUGAAUACAAAAAAAAAAAGCUAAACUUGGUGCUCAGAACGGAAAGUGGUCAAAAAGGGGGUGUACAGCCUGCCCCGAGGUAUAAUUAAAUACUGGGACUCCACAAAGCCACCCCACCAGCCCCAUACUCUGAUACAGUCCAGCACUUGUUCCUCGCUGGUCUGUUCGCUUCCCGCGGUUUGGAUGGAAUCUUGGGACCCUUCUGCCUGUAGCUGGCGUUGUGGCCGAGCAUAGAGUACCCGGAUUUGUGAGCACUACCUGUGGAAAUGUCCCUGUGUGGACUGCGUUCUACGUGGGUGUUGGCAGAUCUUGGAGUGGUGUCUGUGGAGUCAAGGUGCCAUCUUCCUCCUCCCACCCCUCCAUUGAGCCAGCUGCACUGGGGCUUUGCUGAUCAGUGCCGGCCGUGUUUCAGAGGUCUGACUUGCCGCGGUCUGUGGAGGUAAGUCUCGUUUCGAUCGCCUCUUGAUGGCAGCUCGUAGUUGAGACCACAGGAGUUGAAAAGCUCUCUCAAUGCGCUCCUCAAAGUGGGCUCAUAGUGUAUUUAAGGCCGUAGGCCUGUAUUUGUGGCAGGAGUUAGCGUUCCUAUAAAAUGCUACGCCUCUCUCCUUACCUUUGCCGUGUCGUACGCUGUUCCUGACAGCACGCUUUUGGUCCCGUCGUUCCUUUGCUGCCUUGCCGCCAAGCAGCACCGUCGUGAAAAUCAAAACUACCGAACACCAAGUAAUUGGCGGGAAUAGCCGCGUCCGGGCUAUUCCCGCCGUUCGACAUUUCUUAUUCUCCACUUACAUGCUUUACAAACAUGCGAACAUACACAUUUCAGCAGACUAUUUCAUUGUAUUUUUUUUUUUUUAUUCAUUUAAGUUUGGCUAGUCCUGCCAUUCGGCAAACUAUUUCGUUGGAUUAUUCGUUUUAAUUAUGUUACAAUUUGUGGCAAUGAAUCAGCCCUCAGGAAAUGUGUAUAUAUAUUUUAUAUGAUGGAAAAUAAAUAAAUGACUAACCGAGGUAAAUACAAGUAAUCUAGAAUUCUACUUGAAGUUGCACCCAUCUCCUCACUUGGUAGAAUACUUAUUACUUGGGUUCUCGGAAUGUUUUCACACGGGGUUGGUGUCACUCCCCGCAAGCACAUUAGAAUGUCCCAACCUCCUUUCAGCUAGGAACGAUCCACAAACAGUAGACAAACUAAUUAGUAAAGAAAUCAAAAAAUAUUAGACAUGUUUGUUGAGACUCUCUGUUGGCUCCUCCUCAGUAUCGCUAGGUGCCCCACGGUGAUACAUUAUUUAGACGACUUCUUGUUGGUAGAAUGUAACAACUGCACUCCGAUCAGUCUAAAGAGCACUUUAGCACUAAUUACAACAUUAGGCGUCCCUCUAUCACUGGACAAAACUGAACCCACCACCAGACUCGACUUCCUAGGCAUCACUCUGGAUUCUGACACAAUGCAGUCAAGCCUCCCCGAGGACAAGCUCGGGCGCAUACGCGAAGAGAUAGUCAGGUUCCUUCAACAGGGUACUUACACUUGUAAAGACCUACAAUCUUUGUUAGGUUCUAUGAACUUCGCGAUGCCCAUAAUUCCCCAGGGUAGAUCGUUUAUUUCCAGGUUAUUGUGUUUAUUACCAGGUUUGCCAGAUAAUCAUAUUGAUCACUUAGAUCCCCCGGCAAUGGCAGAUCUAGCCAUGAGGAAGGAGUUCUUAGAACAUUGGAAUGAGUUCUCUAUGUUCGUCCCUCCAAUAUCUGACCAAUCCCCCGUUUUUUGGACAGACGCAGCCGCCAAUACAGGCUUUGCAGCAAUAUACAAAAACUCUUGGUUAAGAGAUUCCUGGCUGGAGGAGACUCUCGAUUUACCCUCCUUUUGCGAAACAUCGGCAUUAUUUGAAAUUUACCCGAUAGUGGCGACUGCCUUUACAUGGGAAAAAACCUGGUCAGGUAUGGCUAAGUGUUACACGGAUAACAUGGCAGCCUGCGACAUAAUCAAUAAGGGCCAUUCAUCUUCAUUGGUCAUUAUGAAGUUAGUUCGCAGACUGACAUGGUUAGCAGCCACCUUUCAAUUCUUUCUAUAUUGCGAACACAUCCCAGGCUACUCUAACUCCGCUGCUGACCCUUUGUCCCGUUGUAAAUUACAGGAAUUCUUCAGCCUCCACCCAACUACCGACAAAUACCCAACCCAAACCCUGGAUUUCGACAAGUUUAAUCCUGGAUUAGCCCAGGUUUUGGCACACAGUUACGAAUUGUAGCCUUAUCCGCGAAUACUAAAAGAACAUACGACAGAGCCAUGACCGUCUUCCAAAGGUUCUCAGUAGAAUUCGACUUACACGACCGUUUGAACCUUGCACAAACCUAGUUAUAAAAACCUCUAUGUAUAUAGCAUUUUAUGGGUUCCUGAGGCCUAGAGAAUUCACGAUUGCAACACAAUCAGACAAUCAAUUAUGUCUCAUCAAAUAGUAUUUAAAAAAGGUAAAUGACCAUUACAUCCUAUCACUCCGACAGUCAAAGACCAGACAAACAGGCCAUCCAGUUGAAAUAUCCUUCUACCCGACUGGAAAUAACUGGUGCCCGGUUAAAGUCUUAGACAUUUACUUAGCACAAAUCAAAGAUAAUCCCAGCCACACUCUGCUUUUUACACUGCUAGGCAAUCCCCUAACUACUACCAAGUUCAUGGUUUACAUUCGUACACUGUGCAUUAAAUUAGGCUGGGACCCUGCAUCUCAUUCAGGACAGGGGCCGCCUCCAGUACCAACACGCCAGUUCACAUAAUUAAGAAAUUGGGGCGUUUGGAAUCUGCUAUAUACCACAGAUACAUACCACACCCAGAGAAAGAGUUAAGACAAGCAUUUAAGAACCUUGUAUCAUAAUUAUGUUAAGAAUAAAGUGUGUUUAUCUGCAAUCUUUUUUGCCCUCUUUUUUACAGGCCUACCCCGUACGUCGGUUCCGGCACACCUCACCGACUUUAACCAAUCAUAUGGUAUUUCACAGUCACUAAUUAACCGACCACAAAUUUAAGGCCAUAGGCCUGUAUUUGUGGGAGGAGCUAGCGUUCCUAUAAAACGCUACUCCUCUCUCUUUACCUUUGUCGUGUCGUACGCUGUUCUCCCCACCCACCGCACCCUCUCAUAUUCACAGAAUACCUUCGGGGGGCCCUCUUUUUUACAGGUCUACCCCCUACGUCGGUUCCGGCACACCUCACCGACUUUAACCAAUCAUAUGGUAUUUCACAGUCACUAAUUAACCGACCACAAAUAUAUUUACUUACAAUAUGGAUAAUUAUCUGUCAUUUUUCGGUUUCUCCUCAGUGUGACACAGCACAGUGGCAAUAUUUCAGUCACUGGCUUCAUAACGGGUAAGGUCAUCUUAUCCAAGAUCAGUAAAAUUUAGUCACAUUAAAUUCAGAAUUAUCUAGAACAAAAAUGUACUCGGAAACCACUGAAAUUUAAAUUUACCUUUCCUGGUUAAAUCUUUUUUUUUUUAUCUCCCCCUCCACCCUUUUUUGGCCAUAGAGGUAUUGGUAUUUAAUUCAAUGGCAGAUAUUAAAAAGCAGUUCUGUUGCAAUGUUGUGAAAAGGUAGAUGUCAAAGGAAUGUCCCUAUUGAUACACAUUAAUUGGUCUUUGCUCAUUUAAAAAAAUAAAUAAAAAAGAUCCCUAAAGUGAGUAUUUAGAAGAGCAUCAUAAAACAUAGCUUUUUUGUGGUAUGAAGGGAAUUUUUCCAAAUUCUUCUAACCUUGAUUAUUUAUCAGACUGUUGUGCAACAGAGCCUUAGUUUAUAACACGUCCUUGGUUACUGUUUAAAUUGGCUGCAUAUUUCUAUUGAAACGUGUGCUCACCUCACGAAGAGAAAAAAAAAAAAAGUAAACUAUUUAGGCACUGGAUAGUGUACGUUUUAAAGGGGAACUGUCAUAUCGUUACGAAAUUCUGAUGUUGACUGUUGAAAUUUCUUUGAAAUUCCAACUCAAUCCAAAAAUACAAUAAAACAUUUCAGAGACUUCAUUUUACAAAAGGCAAAACUAUGUCCAGCCCCAGCAGCCGUCCCAAGUGACAGCUGUGGGAUUCAGACAUGGUUUCUCUCAUCGCUUUACUUCUCUUAUGGAGGUCCCACAGUCUUGCAGGAUCCUCCAAAGACCUCAAUGUUCUACUCUCUCUUGGCUCCUGGAAGGGACAGCUUCAAGUAAUUAAACCUACCUUUCACUGUACCUCACAGCCACCUCACUGUGACCUCCGAGGAUCUGCUUCAAACCUGCUCCUCAUUGUACCUUUUCUUGCUAUGUUUAAUAGAAGUAAACUGGUUUAAUUCAGUGAAUACCUCCAUCUUCCUUGCAUCAAGGGUACCAACACAUGUUGGUUCUUGUAUGCGGUUUUGGUGACUGAUCAUUUAUACUCUUUGAUUUAUUUGCUAAUCUUGGAAUGCCGGACAAUUGGGGAGUGAAUAGUGAUUGGAGACUGGGAUAGCUGUAACUUUUUACAGUUUAGCUAUUCUGGCAGUACUCUCAUCAAAGUUUGCACUUUGCACCAAAUUAAUGAAUUCUGAUUUUUUUAUUUUAUUUUAUUUUUUUAAAUAUUUGUGCAGUUUUAGGACCAAGCUUUGCAAAUAUUUCCAGAUUGUCUGUGGUGUGUGGUAUGAACAGUAAAUAUGUUUGCAUGUGGUUUAGACUUUAGCUAACAGAGGGGCACUGGUCAAGGCUAUCUGUGUGUGUAUUGGUGGGAGGAGCUGCUUUGCUGCUCAAGGUCUCUCUUACCACAUGAUCACAGUUCAAGUACACAUGUUAAAACAAGGUAUAAUACUCUGUUUUCACAUAUUUGUGUGGGAAAAUGUCUGUUCUCUACGGCCCCUUACCUUGUGUACAAGGAACUCUUCUAAUGUUUUGUGUGUGUAUAUAUAUAUAUAUAUAUAUAUAUAUGUGUGUGUGUGUGUAUGUAUGUGUAUAUAUAUAUAUAUAUAUAUAUAUAUAUAUAUAUAUAUAUAUAUAUAUAUAUAUAUAUAUAUAUAUAUAUAUAUAUAUAUAUAUUGUGGUCUAUUGUUUAAACAUAGAUAUAAAAAGGCACACAUUGUUUGAGUGUGAGUGGAGUGUGCUGUCGCUUUAACAAGGGUUGCAAAGCAGAUCUUUACACAACAUUAAGGUGGGUACUUUACACAGGCCAGUUAGUGUUGCAGAAAAAUCUCUGCCCCAGUCCCCAAAACAGAUAAAAAUCAAGGAUGUGGUGAGGGAGCUAUAAUCUUCUUGCUAUGCUGAAGAAGCAGCACCCUGCAGUGAUGCCGAGAGACGGAAUAUGACUUAACUCCAUCUCCGGCAUCACUAAACAGCAGAGCCAGAAGAGCAGGUAGAAGGCAGCAGUCACAUUGGACCCCGGGGAAGGGAUCCACUCCAGCUCUCCCUAAAGGUAGUGAGACCGAGUGGACUUCUACUGAAUUAAAACAAAUCAUUUGUGUGUGUGUGUCAGUGAAUGUAGCUGACCGAUGCCCCAUGUGAAUGGUGUUUAUUCACUUUUUUUUCCCACGCCUUGCCAGUCUCACUGCAGUUGGUCCUGCCUCCAUGACUAAGAUAAUCAAGCUUGAUGAACUCAGCCAAUCCAAUGUUUUCCCCUAAAAAAGCAUUGUUUAUAUCAAUGCAUCUCUAUCUAGAACAUUCAGUGGCUCCAUGCAGAGCAUGAGUGUUGCACCAUACUGUAAGUAUUGUCCCUUUAAAAAUUGUAUUCUUGUUGUUAGUUUAAAAAAACAAAACACCUGGCUCCUGGAUUCAAAGCUAAUUUUGUGAAGCUCUGACUUUGUCUUACAUGAUAUUAACAAAAGAAAACAUAUGAAUAUUGUUCAACAGAACAAUAAAUGAAAACUGAACUAAAUCUGCUUUUGGGUUGUAAUAUCUAAUGUGUUAAUAUGUUUGCAAAUUUUAUUUUUCAUUCAAGUACUUUAACAAGGUUUAACCCAGUCCAUAUCAAAUAAGUAUAAGUUUGUGUGCAGUAAUUGUUUGUAUUGUAUGCAUCAUAGAGGUAAAUAAUGUAUUCAAUAUACAGUUUAGAGUUAUAAGCCUUCCUUACCUGGGAUCCUGCGCUGCCAUAAACACAGCUCAGUGGGUGUUCCAUUACCGUAACACCUAUCACCUGUGGUGUAAAUGGCAUGACUCUGUUUGGAGACACUGAUCCAAGUAGGGCAAUCCUCCCCUAUAUGGCAGCUUAUGAAUAGAGAGAUGUUACAAAGGAAGUAAUAAUAGCAAUCACAGCACAUGCAACUAUCUCCUGGAGCAGCACUUUGUCAGUCUAUUCUUCAGCAUAGAAGUCAAUGCUGAGGAAUUGAUUGACAGGCGAGGAAUUGAUUGACAGGCGUGGAAAGACUUAUUUUUUAGUAGGUGUUUCUCGUAGUAGGCAAGGCAUUUUACUAUAAAUUCUAAAUAAAUUCUAAAAAGCAAAAAGGCAGCUAAAUGUUACUUAGACAUCGUAUGACAGUUAAGUGGCUAAAAAAGUUUUUGCAUCGUAUUAUAAUAUCCAUAUCCCAUAACCAUUGCUCUCAGGCAAGGCAGGCACAUUUUUAGCACAAAGAAUACAGCCCUUACGGAGUUACUAUUUCCCUGAAUGGCCUAAAGAUUCAGGGAGCAUUCCAGUCAUUCAUUAAUAUGUAAAAUGGUAAACUUAAAAGGGGUAAUUUGUCUUUUUAUUGGCAUUUAUACCUUUUUAUUGCGUCCGAAAUGUCUUUUGUGUUGCCAAAAUGAUUGUUUUUCUCAUUGGUUAAAUCAGAUUUCCUGCGCCACUUGAAAUAAAUUGAUUUAAAAGCAGUGCAAACACACAGAGAACACCAUAAAAGUACACAAAGUGCUUGGAAAUAUCAGCUUGUUUUUCAGCAACGCGGCUAAAUUACAUUGUUAUUCCAGCCUGUAUAAUUCGGUUAUGUUGUAUGUGUUGUUUUUUGGGAGUUGGAGAACUUAUGUAACCACAUUAAUUACAAUUAAAAGGCUGUUUGCAGAUAUGAUAUAUCGCACGGCACAUCUUUCUGUAGAACGUUGCACAUUGGUUUGGUUAAAUAUAGAUCUUAUUAUUUUUAUAUUAAAUUCUAUGUGCCCAUAGCGCUGUGUGUCUGUUUUAAUUGCCAUGUUGUCCUGGGAGAAAUAAAAAUCCGUCUAUACUGGCUUUAUCUUCUUCCUGCUGCCCGCCAUACUGAUCAGGAAAGAUUGGCUUGGGUGUCGAUGAUUAGUGCAAGUCAUUUUUUAAUGCUGUUUAAUAAAUUGUACAGCGCUACGGAAUCUGGUGCUAUAUAAAUAAUUAAUAAUAAAUACCCACAGAAUAAAAAAAGGACACUAUUCAGAUUGUCCCUCAGUGUGUGUUAAUAUCACACUACUUUUCUCACUAAGACAUUUAUCAAAGUUUUGUGCGCUGAAAAGUAAUCCAAUAAUAUAAAAGGUGAGACGUAACCUAUGGGAUGUGCCUGCCGACUCCACUGGUUUCCAUGGCGAUUGCUCCACUUUUAGUACAUUAGAACACUUGGAUAAAUCUCCCUCAGUAAUCUUAACAGUAUACAUUCUAGGGGAGAUUUAACAAAGUGUUCUGAAAAAAGUGUUUAUUAUACAAUCAUUAAACAAUGUAAUACUUUCAUACAGAUUAUAGAACAGAAAUAAAGUCUUAACUUACUCUGUCCAUAUUCCACCAGCUUUCGCAGAAAAGUUUUUCAGAAAAGACCACCGAAUUUAGGGUUGUGGGGAAAAAAAAAGACAUGAAACCGAAUACUAUAUUGGUGAAAGAAGUAUUGGAAAGUUUCAUAAAUUUUUUUUUUUUUUUUUUUGUCAAUUCAACAAUGGUUGGGGUACAAUAGAAGUGUAUGAAGAAAAUCAACAGAAUAAAAAAUUUGUGCUAAAAAAAAAAAAAGGCACAAAACCAUCACCACCACUAAUAAAUCCAUUGUCUUGUAAAACGUGCAUAAAGGUACACAUUCUCACAAUGUUAAACGUGUGUAAUGGUUUAUAUGCAAAAACUCUGAUCAAGUAUUGACACAUUUUAGACUUGAAUGUAAAACUAGCAAACAAUACUACAUUAAAGGUUAAAAAAGCAACACUUUGGUUAUUUACUAAACGGAGAUGUGUGUGAAGUUUACAUUGAUAGCCAUAUGCAUAUUGCAACACCUGCACGAUCUUAAUCACUGGAAUUGUUCCCAGCAAGACCAGCAUAGCCUUUCAUCUCUGAUAAAAAAAAAAAAAAAAAAUAGCAUUGAGCUGUGUGAUCACAACAUCAAGGCCCCAAUAUGUACUUGUAAAUUAGUAAAAAGCACAGUGUACCUUUCCUGUGUGAAUACUUUGUUAUGUGAUUGAUUGUCCUUCAUUUCCAGAUGAAGAAGAUUUCAUUCGGAAGAAGCCGCUACCAAAACCCAAGGAAAAUGGAACAGCAUCAAACUCCCACCAUGGAAAGCUGCAACCAUCUAAAGUACAAACCCCCCCUAAACCGGCACCUCAGGAGAAGCUGGUCAAAACGUCAGUGGAAGAUUACUUUGGCAUUGGCAGCGUUAAACGAUCAGACAAGAAGCUAGUAGCAAGCAAACGAAAAGAAGUAAGGAUAGAAGUACAGCCUCUGUAAUGCAGCAAAAAAUGAAUUUCAUUGAAGGAAACUUUAUCUUCUCCCUUGCUGUAUGGGUGCAUGCAUUAAUAGAUUGUUUUUAUGAAUUCCCAUAGAAAAGUGUUUGCUUUAUACACCAUAAAUGUGCAGUGAGAUAUUUGUUUUGCGUGAGUAGUUUACAAAAUAAACUAACCUUUAGAGAAAGAGCAAGAGUUCUGUCAAUAACUUUGCCCUUUACCCAUAAUAUCUGGAUCCCAUCUUAUUUUGCUGAUGUCGGGUGUACUAACUUUUUGCCUUUACUUGUAAGAUGUCAAUUUGUCAUGUUUUGUUCUCUGUUGCAAUAUCAAAUGUUGUGCUCUUUGGUCAAAAGCACAAGUUACUUGAUUGAACUCGAUUAGCAAUUUGAAUGGCUAAAAGCUUGUCAGAGAAUAUUUGUAAGAUUGGCAACGCUUUUGUAUGGAGUCUGAAUCCAUGUACAUACACUAGCUCGGUUACAUGCAUGGCAUCUGUUUGGAUAGAAGAAAUGAACAAGAAAAAAAACCAAAACCGUAUUUAUUUAACUUGGAGCCUAGCGUUGGAUAGAUCUGCUGGAUUGUAUAGUGCAUUAUGAAUAUAUUGAUCAUAUAUUUUGUCCCCCCCCCCCCACAUUAUUUCACAGCCAUGUGGGAGCACAGAUGACUCAACACUGGACGAUGAAGCUAUUGCUAAAGAGUUGCAGCUUGAGGAAGAUGCAUCUGUGAGUAUAUCUUUCGUAGGAAUUUAGCUGUAAGCAGGACUAAAUAUUAUACAAGUCCCUUGCUGCUAUGUAGGCUCACACGUUACUCGCAACUGCAUGCCUUGUGGGUCCAUAGCACAUUGAAAGAGCACUAACCUUAGGAAUACAAACAUGAGUUAGAGCGAUAGAAGGGCUAUUUAUAUUGUCUGGCUCCCCCAUGAAUAGUUAAAUAAAGAAAUUUAACUCUACCUUCUUUCCCUCGGUGCUCCAGCCUUUCUGCGGCCAGCUGAGAUUAUGAAUAUUGUUGGUUUCAGCCAAUUUGGUGCUUGGCUUGUACCUUUCACCAAGAGCAAAUUUAUUACUUGCAUAUUGCUAGUGGGUGAUUGAAACUUUUGAGCCCUAUUAUGGAAGGGGUUAUUUAAUAAAUUGAUUGAAUAAUGUAUGCCAAAAUGGCUGCAUUGGAAAAAUUCUCCUAGCAUUAUCGUAGAAAAGCAUAGAAUUAAAUUGUACUCGGAGAAGUAGUCUAUUCGUGGUGAUUGUGGCACAUGUGCCAUUGAACAAAUCAGAUUUGUCAGGUUUGCUUCAAAUGGCAAAUCAGGAUUUAUAAUUAAGUACUACAUGGGUGGUGACUUCAAUCAUGCGACGGUGUACUCUAAUGAAUAGGUAAUAAUUCCAAGAUAGUAAAUAUAAUGGGAAUAGUAUUGGGGGAAAUCUGCCUACCAGCCUUCUUGUAUACUUUAGGCACACCAUUUUCUCAUUUCUUAGCUAAAUAUAACAGGCUUCUUGUGGCUAGUAGGAUUUGUAUGCUGUAGGCUGGUUGACCAAAGAGUUCUUGUUUACCUGCUCCUGCCUCCUACCACCAGUAUCAGACCCAUUUUUUUUUUCUUUUUGCCGUAGAAAUUAUUAUUUGACACAUAGUUUCUAAGUUGUAUAGGAGAUAAUUACUGUUUAGCAUGUUAAAUAACAAAAUACAAUGUAUUGAGGUAUUUAAAUGGUUCUGUUACAUUGCAGUCACAGUAUAUGUUUGGGACUCCUAACCUAGAAAUAAUGUGAUUACAGUAACGCAAUUAGGAAGCACUUUGGCAAAAUAAUUCUCCCAAGUUAAUGUUCAAUAGAUUUGUUAACGUAAUCUAUAGAACACAAUCCAAAUUUCCAAAUAAUGGUGGAGCAAAAAAAAUGUGAUUACUUGUGCGAUAAUAAGGGGCGUUAGUGCUACAUUUGUUUUCUUCUAUAAAUUUUGCCCCCGCUGCUGGGUGGUCAGUGCUGUCCUAUUCAAACAACGCCUGCGGCAAUAAUUUGCUAUCGUCUUGUGAAACAAAUACGCCGUAAGAAGCCAUGUAACGUGCUCUGACACAGUGUGAUUUGUAACAGAAAGUUACAGUCUAAUAACCAUAAACGGGUUAGCUGUGUCCACACUCAUAUGUUUCCUUUACUCUGCACUCUUAAGGAUAAGAUCUGUCACACUUAUAAAAUACAAAUAAGCUGCUUAGCUCUUGAUGGGACAUUGUCAUUAUUCCUCUUACGCUGAUAAUUCAAGGGUGCCCCUGGGCAAAGGUUAGCUUAGCGUUGUCCUUUUUUUUCCCCUUUCUUUUCAAAUGUAUUUAGCACGGAGAGGGCAAAUGAGAGGGCAGGUCAAUAUUUUGUGAACUGGAAUAUGUUCAAUCAAUAUUUAUAUAUUUGUAUGUUUUCUUUCUCCUUUUUUUUUCUCUCUCUCUAUUAACAUUGUAGAUGUUUUACAAACUGACUUGGAUCUAUGCUCCUGCACACACAGCAUCGUGCGCAGAUUUCUUCAUGUAUGAAUUGGCCUUUUAGCUUAAAGGGACACUAUAGUCAACAUAUAAAAGCAAGAAAGACAGGUCCCCCUGCCUUCUUUCUUGCUUUUAGAAGAACUUGUUAUAAAAAAAUAAAAAAAUAAACCCGAGUAAGUUUUAAUAAUAAAACUUACCUCCGUUCCAGCGCCGAGCUCCCCACUAGGCCACGCCCCCCUUUUUGGUCAAAAUGACAAAAUCGCAGGGCCCAAUAGGACGCUUCUCCUUGAAGCCUCCACGGUUUCGCGUGGCACCAAUCGCAUUCUUCAUAGAGCGACAUUGAAUGCCGCCCUAUGAAGAAACUCAGCGCAUGUGCGCGGAAUGUGCGUUCGCGAGCUGAGCUGUCUGACAGCUCAGCUCGCUUUCUGUACCCGCCCCCCUCCUCAGCCAAACUGUGUUUGUAUAUAAACACUAUAUAUAGAGAUCUCUCUAUACAUAGUGUUUCAAUGCAAACACACAAGUAGUAAAAAAUUAGACAUACACACUUUCUCCAUCCAUAUCCAUUCCCAUCAUCCAUAUCCAUUCCCAUCAUCCAUAUCCAUCCACUCCAUCAUCCAUAUCCAUCCUCACCCACUCCCCUUCAGUCACCCGCCCACACUCACUAAAUAAGUUUACUUACAAUUUGAAUCCUCCCCUCCUCCUCUUCGGUCUUCAGCCUGUCAGCUCAAGCCACUCCCACGCAGCGCUGACAGCCUCAGCACACAAAGCGUGUUCACAGUGCUUUGUGUGCUGAUAGCACGUCUGAAGUAUUCACCAAUGCGUCAAUACAUCAGACGUGAAUGAAGCGUUUUUAGGGCUUCUGAACUCGGAAGUCCCUCUGGUGGCUGUCUGACUGCAACUGGAGAUGUUCCAAGCUUCCAAUGUAAACACUGUAUUUUCUAUGAAAAUACAGUGCUUAGAAGAAAAAGGCUGCAAGGAACUGUAGCACUCACCUGAACAACCUCUUUAAGCUGAAGUUGUUCAUGUGACUAUAGUGUCCCUUUAAGUGCUUUCCUCACAGACCAUAGUCAGGCAAUAUCUUCACUGAAGUCUUCUCAAGCUGGAACAAAGCGCUGCUUUGUGAAUAUAGCCCAUUCCCCCAGUAACUGGAUGACACACAGUUCUGGGAGUACAACUGAGGUGCCACACUUGGCCUUUUAUGCACAGAUCCUUAGCAUGGGGUCUCCAUACAAAAUAACACAAACCCCUCCCAGGCGGCCCUGUGUCUGGGAGAUAAUUGAGUUAAAGACCGGCAACUCAAUUAUCUCUUAGUUACAGGAAACCAUACAUAAAAUACACAAAACAGCCCAAAACUACUUUCAAACUAUACAGGAACCCCACCUGUCUUAUAUUCCGAAUAGCCCGGAUCUGAGUGCCCAAGUUGUCCUAAUAGCGCUCUGAUCCAUUCAGUGUAACAGAAUUUUCUGACGGACCGGCCACGAGGUAUUAGCCCAAAAUAGUUCCAGGGAAAAAGAGGCAGCGGCCGAUCAACAUUUGGGAGUUCCUGUACGAAUACUACUGAAUGCUCCCACUGGCUCUCAGGAAGCAAAUGCCCUCCUCAGACAAACGAUUCCUUUCCCUGAAAAGCGCUCUCCUGGCUUGUCUGUGAGCGGAGCAGGCAGCGGUACAGUUUCUCCAGGGGUCCAUGGUAUCCAAAAUUAGUUCCAGGCGACCCGGUACCAGCUGCCUGUGUUUGGGAGAUAAAAUGGUCGCCAUUCCAUAAAACACGUGUGUUCGGUCAUACGAAUGGCGGCUACCCAGAGAGAACACUUGAUUUAAUGGGUUCUUUUGAAGUUAAUGAGCCAGGGGGUGGUCGGUGUUCAGUAGUAUAAAAGGGGAAAACGUUCAGGAAAAUCAAGGGAAAAUACGGGCAAAACAAAUGAGAUAGGACAGGGACAUAAAAUUCAAUGUGUAUAAAACAUUAUGCUUGAAAUAAAAGAGCAUAUUCAGUAAAUAAUAAACUAAAUUUGCGACUUAAAACGGUUUGUUACUAAUGGAGCCACAAGGUGCAGAUAGGCUAAAGGAACUCUAUUGUAUCAGGAAUAGUAACCUGUAUUCCUGACACUAUAGUGGUAAAAUCACUAUCUUGGUCUUUGCCCCCCCCUUACCUCCCUUUAAAAAAGGUGAUUUUUACUCACCUAUUUUUAUCCCAGCGUUGCACCAGUCUCACUGCACCUGGCCCCGGAUUUGCUGAAAUGGCAAUACAAAUCCCCAUUUGCCCAGGAAUGUUACCUCAACAUGUAGUAGUUGUGCACAUUAUAUUAUAAUAUAUAUAUUGUGAAUAUAAUUUAGGAGUUACAUUUGUGCUAGCAUUUGUAAAUAAUUCACACUGUUUUCUUCCAUUAGCUGGAAAAACAGCUCCAUGAGGAUGAGGAAUUUGCUCGAACUCUCUCAAUGUUGGAUGAAGCACCGAGGAGCAAGGUGAGACCAUUGCAGUUUAAUAUUCAGAAGGAUUUGCCAGGAAAGUUUUUAUUAAAAAUUUAUUUUAUUUUAGAGUAUGCCUUCUGCGGGCUCAUCCUUCCUCUCGUCGUCUUAUUUAAUGCAGUUACAAUGAAUGCUGUAAAGGCAAUAAGUAAUAUAGAAAUAAACCAAAGAUAGCUAAAGCAUUUUGCUGUAUACAAGGAAUACUAUUUUAAACAAAUAGAAUACCCACAAACCAUUGUAUCUCUUGAUGGUGAUAACAUAGAAUAAUAUAUAGAGCUCAAUAGUUAUAAGAAGUAUAAUUUGAAUAUGAAUGCACUUCCUCUCACUGUUUUUGUAAUAGAAUCUGUUUGCUUUGUGAAAUCUGUAACAGACAUUUGAUCCUUCUUUAAUUAGGUCCGAAAGACAAGUAGUGAGAAGCAAAAGUCUCCAGUGAGCAAAUCUAGCCCAACAAAGAGAAGCGCGUCUGCAGUGCAGCCCUCAGGUAGCCUAUUAUCAGAGGAAAGACGGUUAGCUUUGGUUGCAUCUUCUGUUUGCUUGAAUUUUAAUGGAAUAAUGUUUUGUCUUAAAUUUAAUUUAGUUUUUACUGCUAAAUGAUUUCUGCAUUGUGUAGCAACCAGAAGACUGUCCUUAAUUCGCUGUGUAUUUUGACUGGUUUCUUAGACUUCUCAGCCAAGCAGAUUAUAGAAUUGGUUUUAGAUGCAUCAAGCUAUUUAUACUUCAAAGGGACAUUAUAGGCAUCCAGACCAAUUCAGCUCAUUGGUCCCCUAACUCUGCAAUUGUAAUUAUUGCAAUUUUUGAUAAACUGCAAUCAUUUUAAUCAGAGGGUUAACUGCAUUUCAAGUGGCUAUCUCCCACACAGUGAGAAGAGGGACGUCCGCGUCAAUAGACGCCUUUUGGUCACCUAACCGACACUAGACAUCCUCACACUCUGCAUGAGGACAUCCAGUGUCACCUAAACUCCAUAGGAAAGCAUUAUACAAUGCUUUCCUAUAUGGGAAGCCCUAAUGCGAGUGCUGCGAAUGCAAUGCAUGCACAUUAGGUCCCCCUGCCGGGACAUUGGCGCUGGAGUUUGGUAAGUGGCAGAAGGUUAUUUUAAACCUCUUCAACACAAUAGGGGAGCUGUAGUGUCAGGAAAAACAAAGCACUCUAGUUUCCCUUUAACUGUUUUUAGCUAAAAUAUAAACAAAAUAGCCCAUUAGUUGCUACUACCACGUGUUCGUGUCCUUGCUCAUUGCUAAAAUGCUGUAAAUCCAAAAGGGAAACGUAGUUUUGCUAGUUAGACCCCCUUUAAUUUUUUUUUUUCUCCAUGAGUGUACUACAAAAGAUAUUUUUAUGGACAAAGCCCCUUCCUCACUGAAGUAAUAUUUUAUUUCAUUAAAGAAUUGUCAUAUUGAAAUAAUUUAUGAUAAAACACAACUGACCCUUUUAGUGCUUUCGUCUGGGUAUGUUUGUUGCAUUGUGCAUUUCAUAGUACAUAAACGUUUAAAUAAAAUUAAUGAAUUCAUUCCAUCUAUACAUUUUACUAGCAGAUUCCUGGGAUCAAUCACAAACCACCAGGAGCCUGCACUUUUGUUGCAGUUUUCUGCAAUGCAUAUGUUUAAGAAUUUUGGCAGAUCCUGUGUAGGAUCCUCAGGCGACUUUCUGCGCAAUACGCAGGGAAAUGAAUUUCAUGCAGACGUUUCUAGGAACAGAUACUGGGAAGUGACAAAGUCUGACAGUAGUUCUUCUUUUUACCAUUUUCCAAAACACAAAUUGUGAUUUCAGGGAAAAAAAAUAAAAAAACAAAACAAUCAAAUGCUACUAACACAGAGAUUAUUGAUAGAAUGGUUAAAUGUGAAAAUGCUCUUAAGUACCCCAGGGGGAGGUUUAUUCUCUAAAUAUAGUCUUUUGUGUACCAUUUUUUUAUUGGGUGGGGGAUGACCUUUUUUUAAAUUAUAGCAAUAAGCAAAAAAAAAAUGUUUUUCAUAUGUUUCGACUUUGGAUGUCUUCCUCAGAAUAAAGGUUUUACUCUAUAUAUGCUUUAUAGAAUUUCUUAUAGAAUUCAGAAGCAAUUAUUGAAGUUUGUGGGUGUUUUUAUUUGUAUUAUUUUUAGCUGGCCUAGUGGUGUUUUUUUUAUUUAUUUAUUUUCUCAAAUAUUUUAUUCAAGCCUAAUAUUAUGUUGCAUAUUUAAACAGGGCAUCAGAAUAAAGCCCUAUUUGUCCUUUAACCCCUUAAGGACACAUGACAGAAAUAUUCCGUCAUGAUUCCCUUUUAUUUCUGAAAUUGUGUCCUUAAGUGGUUAAAUAUUAUGAUAUAUGUGGAUGCACUUCAUGAGGGAGCACGAAAUUACGAUAAAACAAACUCCGAUGUAGAGGCAAUAAUGGCAUAGGCACAAACGUAUGGAAUCUCAGAAAAACCUCAGUCACUAAAGGGUCUAGUACAGGGGUUCUCAACGUUAGUCCUCAGGAUCCCCUGCCAGUCCAGGGUUUAGGGAUUACCUGGGUGUGUCUAAGGUGUUUAGAAAAAGAAAAAAAAAAAAACACCUUAGAGUCUAAGGUGUUUUCCCCCCUUUUUCUAAACACCUGAGACACACCCAGGUAAUCCCCAAAUCCUGGACUGGUAGGGGGUCCUGAGGACUGGGUUGAGAACCCCUGGUCUAGUAGAAUACUAUUGGAUCACCACUUCAUGCAAUAAAAUGUAUUUUGUGUUCUCAGUUCGAACGGCGAGCGUUUCUGAAGACUCGCAUGUUAAAGGAAUAAAACCUGAGAAUGCAGCGCCUUCGCGCCUACAUUCCGAAUCGUCGUUUGUACCUAUUGGGAAGACUUCCUCUAAUAAGAUAUCUCCUGUGAAGGCCAGCUCUAAGCUGGCAAUGAUGAAACAAAGAGAUGAUGGCCAUAAAAAAGAUAAAGAGCUGUCUACACCUACGAGGAUAGAAAAGACUAUUUCACCAAAGAAAGAGCAGACAACACCUACAAAAAUAUCUCAAAAGUCAGAGGUAAGCAGCAGCAAAAAAAUUCAAUAUUAAAAAGUGACACUCAAGAAAUCCCACUACAUGGAGUUUUAUGAUUACUGAAGUUGAGUAGGGUUCAGUUGGAACUUGCAAAAUGGGUGAAGGAAGCAUAGUGGAGCCGCAGUCAGGAACCUUCUCGCCUCUGGAUUUGAGGAGAGUGAACCCUUUAUUUUUCGGUGUGUUUAUAAAUAAUACUGAAGUGUUCCUUUAAGAUUAUUUACUUCUCUCACCUGUUAAUCGGUUUUCUACAUAAAGUUGCCAUAGCCAUCUGUGUCGAAUUUAAUAACAGGAGAGUUGCUUUCUGUCAUGGCAACUACAGUGCCUGUGCUGAAGUUGCUGUGAUAACUCCUCUAGCAAAUGUAGAGAAAUACAGAAAAGGAGUGGGACAAAUGUUACUUUGUUCUAAUGCCGAUGCAGUAAAGCCAGUAUGUUGGCGUCAUAGUGGAAGUACCUCCCAACAGGGAGAGGUACAUUAUAUUAAUGUAACCUUCACCAAGUCUGGAUUAUGGUUGCCUGAAAAUGAGAUUUAAAAACCAACAAUCAGCUAUUUGUGGACUAACUUUAUACAUUUAUACAGAUUUACUGACAGAAAAAAAUGGGAAUUGUAGAUAAACCGCUCAAAGGCCACAAUUGCACACCAGCUUAUAAUAAUUGUAGUUUAUUAGACAGAGACUGAGUGUAGUAAUUUUACUAUGUUAUCUUAACUUUUAUUUAUUUAUUGCUUCUUAUUUCAAAGUCAAGUCCUGAGGACUCCGAGAAGAAACAAAGCAAUUACAAAGCCUACCGGAAUUUUCUUAACCGAGAAGGUCCAAAAGCAUUGGGAUCUAAGGAAAUUCCAGAGGUAAGUGACUCCUCUUGGCGAGAGCCAAACGUCUACACUGAUUACAAUAUUCAAAAUGUCAAUUGAUAUAUUGAUAGGAAGAAAGUAUGUAAUCCAAGUCCCCAUGGUCAAUGAGCUGAACAAUUUCUAGUGGACACAGUAGUUGCCAUAACUACAAGUGAGUGAAGUCGUUAUGGUGCCUGGCGUCCAUGGGGGCAUCAAGUCUCACAUAAUUGCUAAAUAAUUUACUUAUCAUUUAGCAGAGAUACUCGGCACCCUGCAGCCCAUCAUCCAACGAUGAACUAGUGGAGUGUUUUUGUAAUUUAUUUAUUUUAUUUUUUUUUUUUUUAAUGUUCAUUACAACCAAUAAAUUAGCGUCAUAUAAAGUAAAAGAGAAAUUGGUCAUUUAGGGAAAUAAUCAGUAAAUAGACAAAACCGAUAACCGGCAUAACGUAUUAAUAGAACAUCGAGGGGAAAGCUGGAAAAUUUAAGUAGAUAUUGAGGAGCAAAAUGCCAUCUUGUUCCUUCUCUUCUCUUUUUAUUUUUUUGUUUAUAUGGACUAUUUUAUUUAUUUAUUUUCAUGUUUUGUCUGUAAGGGUGCUGAUAACUGUAUGGAGGGUAUGACUUUUGUUAUCACUGGAGUCCUGGAGUCUAUAGAACGAGAUGAGACCAAAUCAUUAAUAGAACGGUAUGGAGGAAAGGUAACUGGAAAUGUCAGCAAGAAGACCAACUAUCUUGUUUUGGGUCGUGAUGGAGGCGAAUCUAAACGAGAGAAGGUAUAUCAUAGACUCGAAUUUUUGUGGUUUUGUCGUCUUUCUGGUUUCGAUUUUAACACUCCUAAUCGUAAAGUUUGCUUCUUGACUCUGAACCAAGCCUUUUAACAGAGCACUGUUGAUUACACUGUGGCAAUAGUAAUAGCAGAGUACUGGGCAAAGCAUUACCCUAACACUUUUAAAGGACCACUCUAGGCACCCAGACCACUUCAGCUUAAUGAAGUGGUCUUGGUGCCUGGUCCCUCUAGGAUUAACCUUUUUUUUUAUAAACAUAGCAGUUUCAGAGAAACUGCUAUGUUUAUACUGAGGGUUAAUCCAGCCUCUAGUGGCUGUCUCAUUGACAGCCACUAGAGGCGCUUGCGUGCUUCUCACUGUGAAAAUCACAGUGAGAGCACGCAAGCGUCCAUAGGAAAGCAUUGUAAAUGCUUUCCUAUGCGACCGGCUGAAUGUGCGCGCGGCUCCUGCCGCACAUGUGCAUUCAGCUGAUGAUGUCGCGAGCAAGGAGGAGAGGAGGAGUACAGCUCCCCGCCCGGCGCUGGAGAAAGGUAAGUGUUUAACCCCUUCCUCUCUCCAGAGCCCGGCGGGAGGGGGUUCCUGAGGGUGGGGGCACCCUCAGGGCACUAUAGUGCCAGGAAAACGAGUAUGUUUUCCUGGCACUAUAGUGGUCCUUUAAGCUCACUACCAAGGACUUUGUGUUUGGGGAGGGGGAGGGAGGGGGGGAAUAGUCUUAACGGUUAAUUGAAACAAAUGAUGUAUAGCUAGUACAUAAUGUUUUUUUUUAAUAAUAUAGCAUAAUACACUUUGCUUUUCAGGCAAACUAGAAUUUUUUACUUAUUUAUUCUUUUUUAGAGAUAUUUCACACUUGGUGUGAAAAAGGUAGUGUAAAAGCAAAAAUAAAAAUGUUCUCACAUAUGGUAGGUGUGACAAAAAUAGAUAAAUAAGAGUGGUCCAAUGUAGGUAUUGGUAAGGACCUCAAAACCUUACUACCAGUGAUAACAUGUGGCGCUUACACCAGUACAGCCUACUAAAAUUGGCAACAGAAUGUAGAAAGAAUGUCUGCAUUUGAGUUUUGAAUUUUGACUGUAGGAAUGAUUUCACCAAUUCAAACUUCCUUUACUGUUUGGAAGGAGAGGCCAAGCUGAUGUUUUCAGCACUCAGUAACUGAGUGACUAAUGGCUUCUGACAUGUAGAUUCAUUCUUCUACAGGAUAACUAUUCCUGGAGUGUAAAUGAGGCUUUAUGGACUACAUUUUAUUCUGCAAAGUACAUGAGAAUAACAAAUCUUUAAACUGUAUUCUGGAAGUUGGGGGUUUAAUGAAUAGUACAGUUCUAUGGAUCAGCAGAGUUAACUUAUUUUCCUCUUUGCAACUUCAAUUUCUUGUAGUCCAUGAUGCAAUAAUGAUCAAUUGGAUGAAAUCAUACAUUUUGCUAUGGUCUAUUGUGUAUUUAAUGUCAGGCAGUGUGGUGCUAUGUGUAAAUAUUAAUGUAUUUGUGUGUGUUAUCCAUCUAGGCAGAGAGUUUUGGGACGAAGAUUCUUGAUGAAGAUGGACUCUUUAGUUUAAUUCGAACUUUACCUGGAAAGAAAUCAAAAUAUGUGAUAAAGGCAGAAGCAGAGGUUAGUGCAUACUUCUGAUUCUUGUGGAAGUACUGCAACUUAGUCAGUCUGUCUUCCCCUCUAUUCAAAAUAAAUGGAUUAUUUGUGUUACUUUGAGAUACAUGGACUGAAAGUGGAGAUUAUCAUAUCAUUUAGAGUGGUGUGAUUCUGUUUUUGCAAUUCCUUAAAGGGAACUUAGUCACAAAGAUAAUCAUUAUUUCAGGAGUAUAUGUUUCCUUAUAGCAAAGUGAUCGCUGUUCUUCCCCUUUGCUCAGUGAACUUAAGUGAAAUAAAGGUGUUUGCAGCUCCAGUACUCCCCUGCUGCAGCAUCUAGCUCCUCCUCUGGUGAUUUCAGCAUUAAAGCUGACACAACACACAAUCUCCUGCAAUCCAUUGCUUCUCGUAGAGAACCAAUGGAUUAGAACAAGGCAUGCACAGCCAAACUCUGCUCUCCUCCAAUUAGAUGCUGCUCUUAGCUGUGUUUGAAUCCAGGACAGAGUGGUUGUUAGGAGGACAACUAUUAAGGUGGAUUUAACUCUGCAAUGUAAAUAUGUUUUAUAUUCCGGGGUUUGAACACACGGACCAAUGCACCCAGGCCACUUCAUUGAGGUGAAGAGGUCUGCAUUCCUUUUAGUGAUCUUUAAGUUUUAACUUUUUUUUUUUUUUAUUAUGAAUGAAUGUUAAUUUUUAAAAGCAGUUAUGUAAUGCAUUUCCACCUGAGUUCAUGGUCCCUAGCAAGUCUAAAGUAUUUAGAUGAAUGUUUUGGCAUUACACACAAUCUCUGUGAUUUGUCCAUUAUUUAUUAAGUGCAGCUCUAGAACUACUAGUUUCCAAAAGUCCAAAGAAAUAUGGGGGGAGGGGGAGGGGAGGGGGGGGAGAAGCUCAACAAUAAAUUGUGCAAAAAUCAUCAUCUCUGCACCCAGUAUCCUGUGUGAUUUAUAAUGACAAAAGUGCAUCAUGUGGCAUUUGCUUUACAAUUCCACGGAUUGAAUUCUAACUUUUUCUACUUUUUAUUCACUUAAGGCAAAGCAAAUGCAAACACCUGAACGAACAGAUAAAGUCAUGAAGAAACCAAGUCCAAGCACCAAAAAAUCUACUCCAGGAAAGAAGGUGUCACCACUCAAGAGAGAAACAAACGACUCAAAAAAGAACUUAACGUUGAAAGAUGAACGGAAAUCUCCUCCAAAGAAACUGGAUUUAAACACUAGCAAGUGUGAGAGCUUGCUCUGGGUGGAUAAAUACAAGCCCGUGUCCAUUAAAGCAAUCAUUGGGCAGCAAGGAGAUAUGAGCUGUGCCAACAAACUCCUCAAAUGGCUGAAAUCAUGGCAUCAGCACCAUUCUGGCGAGGAAAAGAAACCUGCUGGUAAUUAUGGAACCAAUGGUUUCAAGGGAAAACCCAUGCUUUUUGUUUAACCAGAUCUUUUUAGCUAGCAACAGGUUUAUACGAUUUAUUUAGAAACCAACCCUUGCUCUCAUGCCUCAUGGUGCUUGGAGAAUAUCUAGUAAUCCAUUAGCCAUAUGGAAUUCAUUGAGUUUGAUUCUCUGUUUAACCGUUUUCAGUACAAACUGGUAAGUUUUGUUUUUCUAACACACUGAGAGUAGAUUCUACAUUCAGUUGAUAGAUGUUUAAACCUCUUCAUUGGCAUUGGUCUGUUAAUUCACAUACGUAGACAACCGUGUGCCAGUAACUCUAUAAGCAUGCAGACAUGGUCAACAGGUAUUGUUGCUGUUCACACCAAGCACCAUAAUGGGGAAGAAGUAUGUUCUAAGUGACUGAUCAUGAAAUGGUUAUUGGUGCUACAAGUGGUGAUUUGAGUAUUUCAGACCGAAAACUGGGAUUUUCAUGAACAAUGAGAGUGGUGCAAAAUAAAACCUGACCUACACAUACUUAAGCAGAAGUGCAUCUCUGAAAGCACAGCACGUCAAACCCUGAAGUGGAUGAGCUACAGCAGCAGAAGUCCAUACUGGGUUCUGCUCCUUUCUGCUAAAAACAGGAAACUAUAAAGGUAAUGGGAAUAGAAGCACCACAACUGAGCAGUAGUGGACCGGAAAAACAUUGCCUGUUCUGACAAAUCUUGAUUUUGCUGGGUCAUGCGAUUUGUCAGAAUUUGGUGUAAUCCACAUAAGAUCGCCCAGCCUUGUGUCACAGGUUCAAGCUGGUGAGGGUGUGAAAAGUACAUAUAUUUUUCUGGAACACGUACAAAGACCUUUGAAGAAACACUUCAAGCAGCACAACUGUUGUAGUGAUUAUGGUGCUGCGAGUGCCCUGGCACCACCCCACGGUAAGAUAAGGACAAGCCAGAUAUCCCUGUAAAGUAAACCAUGGCCAAUGUACUGAUUAUGAGGAAAUUAAAUCCCUUUUUGUCACGUCUGUGGCAGAGGGAUUUGGCUGCUAGAUUAGGUCAAACCACUGACAAAAAAUGGUGGAACUGCACCCACAGCCUUCUGGUGCCUUAACCAUUGCACUGAGAACUAGUGGUUUAGGGGCUCAGAAUUUUCUUUUAAUUAAACAAUUUAUUAGCUAAAUGAAUGUCUUCUGAUGAAUUGCUGUAAUUUGCUCCAUAUAGUUUAACCCCUUAACGCCGUUACGACGUUCUAUGCCGUCCCGCAUUAAAUGGGCUUUAAAGCCGCUGCAGCGGCAUAGAACGCCGUAACGGCUUUGAGCCCCUGGAGGCCCGCGGUACUCACCUCCGCUGCAAUCCUCUUCUGGAGGGCUGCCUGACAGCCCAGGCAGCCCUCCCCAGGCAAAUGAGGCCCCCGGGGGCCAUGUGAUCGCUCUCAAAGAGCAAUCACAUGGCCCCCUAUAGCUGGCUGUGGAUCUGCCAGCAUGGGGACUGUCUGAAAUGUCAUGACAUUCCCCCUGCUGGUGGGAAAGUAAAAAAAUAAUAAUUAAACAUGUUCUAAAAUAAGUGUGUGUGUGUGUAUAUAUAUGUAUGUAACGUGAUACGUAAUGUAUUUUAAUGUUAAUAUAAGUACAUAUAUUAAUCGUAAAAUACACUUAGAAUAAUGUUACAUAUAUAUGAUAUAUAUAUAUAUAUAUAUAUAUAUAUAUAUAUAUAUAUAUAUAUAUUAUAUAUAUAUAUAUAUAUAUAAUUAUAAUUACAAUAGUUAAUCAAUAAAAUAAAAUAAAUUAUUUAAAAAAAAUUUAAAUAAAUUAUAUAUACAUAUGUAAUCUCAUUCUAACUAUAUUUUGUUAUUAAUACAUAUAUAUUGGUAACAAUACAUUUAGAAUGACAUUAUAUAUAUAUAUAUAUAUAUAUAUAUAUAUAUAUAUAUAUAUAUAUAUAUAUUACAAAUAACUGCAAAUAUUUAUAUAUAGAUAAAUAUAUAUAAUUACAUAAAUAACUACAUAAGUGUAAACGUAGAAUUUAAAUAUAUAUAUAUAUAUAUAUGUGUGUGUAUAUAUAUAAAAAUUAUACAUGUAUGCUUAAGUAAUAUUUUAACAUAAUUAUGUAAUUUAAUUAAUUAAAAUUUGAUUGACGUGUCUGACAACCCAGGCAGCAAGUGCAGAGAAUUAAAUUUGCACACACUAUAUUUAACCCUGUAACUUUCCAAGACACCAUAAAACCUGUAUAUGAGGGGUACUCUUUUACUCGGGAGACUUCGCUGAACACAAAUAUUAGUGUUUCAAAAUGAUAAAUUGUAUUACAACGAUGAUAUAUUUAGUAAAAGUGAAGUUUUUUUGCAUUUUUCACACACGAAAGGCACUUUUACUGAUGAUAUUAUUGUUGUAAUAUGUUUUACUGUUUUGAAAUACUUGUGUUUGUGUUCAGUGAAGUCUACCAAGUAUAACAGUACCCCCCAUGUACAGGUUUUAUGGUGUUUUGGAAAGUUAGAGAGUCAAAUAUAAGGCUUGCAUUUCAUUUUUUUCACAUUGAAAUUGGCCAGAUUGGUUAUGUUGCAUUUGAGACCGAAUGGUAGCCCAGGAAUGAGAAUUACCCCCAUGAUGGCAUACCAUUUGAAAAAGUAGACAACCCAAGGUAUUGCAAAUGGGGUAUGUCCAGUCAUUUUUAGUAGCCACUUAGUCACAAAUACUGGCCAAAUAUUAUUAUUAUUAUUUUUUUUCACACAAAAACAAAUAUGAACGCUAACUUUGGCCAGUGUUUGUGACUGGCUACUAUAAAAGACUUAACAUACCCCAUUUGCAAUACUUUGGGUAUUGUUGUACUCAUAAGACUUUGCUGAAUCCAAAUAUGUGUUUGUUUUUUUGCAGUUAAAGCUAACGGUAUUAUGACAUUUACAGCUAAAAUAUCUACAAUUUUUUUUUUUUAAAUCUUAAUUUCUCAAAGUCUUUUAAAUUGUAUUAAUAAUAAAUUAUGUUUCAAAUAUGAAUAGUUUAUGAGAAAUGAAAGCCCUGUUUCUCCUGAACAAAAUGAUAUAUAAUAAGUGUGGGUGCACUUAAUAUGAAAGAGGUGAAUUACGGUUGAGCAGACAUAUAGCGCAAAUUCCAGUUUUUGUUUACAUUUUGUUUUGAUCAGAACGUGCACUAUUGACUCCGUCCUGAAGGGGUUAAAAACAAAACAUUUUAUUCAUAAUGUAGUACAUAUUUUAAAACCUGUUGCAGAUGAACAAUGAAUGUAGUCAGUUAUGUUCUAGUGCUGUAAAUUCUUUUUGCUCUCAUUUUUCCCAUUUUUGUUUCCUUUAAAACAAUUUUCCCUUUUUUUUUUUUUUUUCUUUUUUCCAGCUAAAUUUAACAAAUUUGGAGGUAAAGAUGAUGGCUCUUCUUUUAAAGCAGCCUUGCUGUCUGGUCCACCAGGUGUAGGCAAAACGACUACAGCCGUCCUUGUCUGUGAGGUAAGUAGUUGCAUAGACUUUAGCAAUUUCCACUUCAGUGAAUGCCUUAGGCCAAGGGAUAUGUUUGCUCUGUUCUAGGUCCAACAGAUCAAUAGUUUUUUUUAUUUUUUUCCAUAUUACCAAUUAAUGGUAUGUUCAUUUAUACUAAUCACCACUGGAAGAUUUGUUUGCUCUUUUUCUUUCUUUUUUCUUUCUUUUUUUCUUUCUUUUUAUUAUGGAAUUAAAGCACACUUUUUGAUACCUUCGGAAGCAUUGAAAAGGCAUGGUUUACAUUGCUCAGCCAGCAGGGACCGGCUAUAGACACCAGAACCCCAACAUUAAGCUGGAGUUGUACUUAUGACUAUAGUGUCUCUUUUACUGCUACACUGGUGAUAGAUAUCACCAAAGGUCCCUCACUACCUCCCUUAGCACACCUUUUAUUUAGCUUUGCAUCUAACUUCUUUCACAGUUGUCAUUGCAGAGACCUGUGUUGGUACUUGGUCCCCACAUUUCCCUUGCUUAUUCUUUUUCCGACACCUCCAUUUACACUCCUGGUGGGCUCAUUAUGUUCAGCCCGUUUUCUUGGUAUUUGUAUGCCAGGAUAUUUAUCCUGGAUGCUCUGUGACCAUUAUUGCAUUGCUCUGUUUUACUUUGAUGGUCUUUUACUAUGUGAUACCCUGCCAGGUCAAUCAGGCGGUAAUGGUAUCUGCUAUGCCGUGUUCAGUCUGAGCAUACAGUAUCCUGCUCGUGACUGUUUCAGAGUGAUCUCCAUUGCUGACCAGCAGUUUGUGGCAGCUGCUGUUAUAAAUCAGACAGAUUUGAUGUUAAAUUUGGACAGUAGCAGAUUGUGAACUGUGACAGGUCUGAUUUACACACAUUCGCUGAUCUGAAAGUUUGGGAAUGAAAAUCCUUUCCUUGGAUAGCUAUUGUUUGGAAAAACUCCUAUCAUGUAUAGCCAGACAAAGGAUGGGUAUUUUUUGAAAAUACAAUAUCAAUGACCCUCACAGCUGUCCAGUGAAUCUGUAAGGUGUGCAUGAUGUAAGUUUUAUAUUCCACAGUAAAUAUGUUGAUGUAUGUCCCUGGGCUGCUGUUACUGAAGUCAUUAGAUGUUACUGCAUUUAAAUUCUGGAACUAGUAACCCUUACACAAUAUCACUGUUUAGUGAUUAAACCCCCACACUUGCUCUUUUGUCACGCCAUCUUCAUUUGUUAAUAAGUCACACUCCGCCGCAGCAGUUGCUCGCUGUGGAACAUCAUUUGGGUUUAAUUGAUCAUUAGAUACACUUAGCAGAGCAUGACGAUAAGCUUUAGUAUUAGAAAAAUAACUGCAUCUUUUUUUCUCAGGAGCUGGGCUACAGCUAUGUGGAACUGAACGCCAGUGACUCUCGUAGUAAAAACAGCAUGAAAGAGAUGGUUGCAGAGUCGUUGAAUAACACCAGCAUCAAAGGAUUUUAUUCUAGUAUGCAGUGUUUUUUUUUGGGGGGGGGCGGGGGGUGGUGUGGGGGGGAGGAGGGAGGUGUUAUUUAAGCAAACUGACCUGGAUUCACCUUUGUGACCAGGUUGCCCGCAUUGUAAAAUGAUUUUACUUGCAUGAAUUGGACCAAAGGUACAUAUUGAGCCAAUGUUUGCUUAAUGAUUUUAUGGUCUUCGUAGGUGCAUCCAAAUCUGUAAGCGUAAAACAUGCCUUGAUCAUGGAUGAAGUAGACGGAAUGUCAGGAAAUGAAGACCGAGGAGGAGUACAGGUAAACUAUUAAUGUGUUACUAGCACCAAAUACACUAGCAAUGGCCAAAAAAAGAGAUGGCAUCUGCUUUCUGACAAUGUCGUUUGCCGCAUAAAUCUGUACCCUGAUUCACAUAAUAUUUAUGUCAGGGCUGCAAAACAGGUAGAGCCCUAGAACUACAACUCCCAUGAUGCUUUGCAUGCCUUUAGAAUGCAUUUACAAUUUAAAAAGCUUCAUGGGAGUUGUAGUUCUACAACAUCUGGGGAUCUACCUGUUGGGCAGCCCUGAUUUAUGUGCUUAUUUUUAAUUAAUGGGACUCUCUCUAAGCACUACAGCUGACUGUAGUGGUUAUGGUGCAUUGAGGCUAUGAUAACAGUUCAUUCAGCAACAAAAAUACUCCUCCUUUGGCUCCAACAUCACAAUGUUGUAAGCAAGCAGUUAAUCAAAGGGUUUUGAUAGGCUUCAAGGAGCUACAAUAAACUCUAGUGAUUAUAAUGUGUUGAGGUUAACACAGGGAAAGAGUUUAGGCAUGCGUGGGAUAGGUAUAAGGCUGUCCUAAGUAUAAGAUAAGGCCAGUGACUAAUGAAAGUAUUUAGAAAAUUGGGCAGACUAGAUGGGACAAAUGGUUCUUAUCUGCUGUCACAUUCUAUCUCUCUAUGUUUCUAUGAGUGCUACUUUACUGAAAAUACCUUAGGAGAGUGCUGGUGGCUCUUAAGAGGCAUUUUCCAUUUUGUCUUCCCUUCAACGCAGGAGUUAAUUGGUUUGAUAAAAAAUUCCAAGAUACCUAUCAUCUGUAUGUGUAAUGACCGGAAUCAUCCUAAAAUCCGAUCGUUGGCAAACUACUGCUUUGAUCUCAGAUUCCAGAGGCCAAGGUUGGAACAGAUUAAGGUGAGUGUUUUUUGGAUGUGUGAAGGUAAUUAAUAUAUUUUGUAUCUUUUAAGUUGCCAUAAUUUUAUUGACUUGGUUAUAUAUUUUCUUACUAUGGUUUGUAUAAUGCAGGGUGCAAUGAUGUCUGUGGCAUUUAAGGAAGGAUUAAAAAUCCCACCACCAGCCAUGAAUGAAAUCAUCCUUGGUGCAAACCAGGAUAUCCGACAGGUAAGAUACUGUGUCUUUGAAUCUUUUCUAUUGCUGCAGUAAUUUAUCCUGUCUUCCCAUAUUAAUGCGUUCUUUCCUCAGGUAUUGCACAAUCUCAGUAUGUGGUCAGCUAGCAAUAAAUCUAUGUCCUACGAUGAGGCCAAGACCAAUGCCAACAAUGCUAAAAAGGACAUUAAAAUGGUAAGCAAAAAUUAGCCUCUAUACUCUUUUGUACAUACUAGCACGUUACCUAGAUACAUCAUGAGUGCAUCCUUUAGUUACUGGAUUAUGCAGCAUUCUUCAAGGAACCAGCAAUGAUACAAAGUGUAUAGUAUACUUUGAGGAAACCAUAACUUCUGCUGGUGCCUCAUGCUUUGUACCUUUCAUUUCUCAUGCCCCCGGGUACCUGUUUAAGCAGUUAACGUAUUCAGAGGAAAUCUGAGUGAAACAUUGUAAUCUGUUGUUCCUGGUGUAACCAGUGUCACAAUGCAUGUCUUUUCAUGGUGAUCUCCUAUUUUGGCAGGGCCCGUUUGAUGUUGUCCGCAAAGUAUUUGGCUGUGGAGAGGAAACUGCUCACAUGACCCUUAUUGACAAAUCAGACCUGUUCUUUCACGACUAUUCUCUAGCACCUCUUUUCGUGCAGGAGAACUAUGUCCAUAUGAAGCCUGCUGCAGCUGGGUCAGUACUGAUUUCACAUGGCUUUUUCAUAUCCCUCAUGCACCAUCGUGCCUCCUAAUCAAUAUUCCCUUUUUUUUUUUCUUUCUGGAUUCAGUGGGAACAUGAAAAAGCAUUUACUUCUCAUGAGCAAAGCCGCUGAUAGUAUUUGUGAUGGUGACCUUGUUGAUCGGGUGAUCCGCAGUAAGCAGACCUGGAGCCUUUUGCCCACACAGGUAAAUAUAGAUUUAAAUAAUUAGUGGAGCCCGUUUUGAUCUUAUUGUGAAAUGAUCAAACUAUUGUGUUGACGUAUUAACAUGUUAGGAUUAUCGUUGGUGGUUACGUAUUUUUCCAAACCUUUUAAUAUUGUAACAUAAAGCUAUAAAGAAAGCUGAAGAUUUCCAAGAACUCCUACUGUAGAGGAAGAAGGAAGAAAGUGACUUUCUAAAGGCAAUCAGAUUUUUCUCCUAACCAUUAAUUUGUAAUGCCAGUAUGAACACAUUUAUUUUCCUCACCUUGAAUAAAAAGAGUUGUAAAAUAAGUGGACUUAGACGACAGGGUUUUACAUAUCCCUCUUUAAUAUUGUUUCUGUACAGGCCAUCUAUGCCAGUGUCCUGCCCGGUGAGCUGAUGAAAGGUUACAUGUCGCAGUUUCCUAACUUCCCAAGCUGGUUAGGGAAGUUUUCAUCGACUGGCAAGCAUGAUCGCAUUACUCAGGAACUUGCUAUGCAUAUGUGUCUCAGGUAAGAGAUGUGAUAACCUGACAUCACUCCGUUUUAUAUACUCCCUGGCUAGGGAGUUUCCAUAGCAACCACAGCUUAUGUGCUGAUGGUUACUAUCCUUUGGAGAGCAGAGGGAUCUCCUGUGGGUCGUUUCUUCUGCUCUCUUUUGUCAGUCAAUGACUUGGCAUGCCGAGGCAUUGACUGACAGCUGGGAGAAAAGCCUUGUUUUAAGCUUUUUUCUGGAUCUAUACAUCUACUAGCACAGAUUAAAUGUUAUGCUCAAUCUAACUAUGUUGCAGGUUUUCUUAAUGCAGAUGAGUAUAUUUUAAAUCAUAUUGUCUGCCAUCUAGAUACUCUACCUCAUAUUCUCUUACUACCUAUAGCUCACAUAUGGUUUCUUGUUGUUAUCAUUAAUACAAUAAUUUCAUUGUGCUUUACAAUUUUGGAAAGGGGAUAUUUGUACGAUGUGCUCAAACAAGCAUACAAUCUAUGAAGAUUUCAGCUAGGCAGGUAUAUAUUGUUAGAUGUCUAGAUCAGUGAUUCCCAAACUUUUUAGGUUCAAGGCGCCCUUAAUAUUUUUUUUUUUUUAAAUUCUUUAUUUUUAGUUCGACACCAAGUACCACUGACCAGCAAAAAGUGGCCCUCGCAGGGGUCCUUAUGUAACAUACAUUGCAGUGAGUUAUACAAUGAAGAGUAAAAGGUUUGUCGGAUGGUCUGGUUAUCGUGGACCGUGUGGUGCCUGUUUUCGGUUUUGGGUCCGUUCAGGACCUUUUAUCAAACGUGAACAAAAACUAGUACUUUACAGUGUAUUUAACAUUGAGACAUCAUAAUAACCUUCAGUCUUACACAAUCCUAAUUUCCGUCUAGCCGUUGCGUCUUGGUUUGGGUCUUUGUCGACUGCGUCUCCCGGCGGUCAUGUCAGCCGGCUGUCCUAAGUUUUGGAGUCUCGUAUAUUCAGUGGUUUGAAAAGUUGGGGAGGAGGGGGGGGGGGCCACCAACCGGUGCUGUGGGGAUGGAGCAGGAGGGGGAAAGGAAAUAGUUGGUAUAUCUCGGGGCGCACGGCGGGAGGAGGUCCGCCAAACCACUGCAAACCUUUUCCAGGCUAUAUAACAUUUUCGUUAGCGUACACUUCCCAGGGAAGCCAGAUUUUUUGGAAUGUUUUUUCCGUAUUUCUGAUUUGUGCUGUGAGUUUGUCCAUCAAAUAGGAGUCUUUGAUUUUAACUAUCACGUCGUUGUCUGUGGGGACUGUAGGUUGAAGCCACAUUUGCGCGAGGGCUCGUCUCGCAGCCAGUGUGAGUUUAUUUAAAAGUUGUUGCUCCUUCCUAGGAAGGCCGUCCGUUGGUCGGGACAGUAGCAUCGCCCAGGGAUCUAAGUCUAUGUGUCGCGUGAGUACCUCUUUCACUAAUGUUUGGACCCGUUUCCAGUAUUUGGUCACUUCAGGGCACUCCCACCACAUGUGAACAAAGGUGCCUUUGCCUCCGCAGCCUUUCCAGCAUGUGUCUGUCGUGGUUUUCCCCAUCUUAUGGAGUUGUACCGGUGUUGUGUACCACCUCAUGAGCAUUUUAUAGGAUUGUUCCUGGUGUAGUACACAAAUUGACGUCUUGGCCGUCGCUUCCCAGAUAUCCACCCAGUCCUCCCCUUCUAUAGCCCCCCCUAGGUCCUCCUCCCACUGGUGUAUAUAUCUAGGGUCUGCGGUUCCCUUUUCUGGGGAACUCAACUGCGCAUAUAUGGCCGUGAUCAGUCCCUUUUGUGUAGAUUCUGCGUUGCACAUUUGUUCGAAAUUUGUCAUAGGGGUCUGUGCUGCUUUUUUAAUAUCUGGGUUUUUGGCAAAGUCUCUCAACUGUACAUAUCUGAAUACGUCUUUGGUUGUCAGGGGGGACAUGGCUUUUAGGGUGUCAAAGGUUUUGAAGGAAUCGCCGUCAUACAUAUGUCCGUAUCUUUGCAUUCCUGUGUCUUCUAUCCCCCUAAAAUCUCGUGCGGUCAGCCCGGGUUCGAAUGCUUUGUUCCGUAAGUAUGGAGUCAGUGGCGAGGGUGUGUGUUUUAGUGCGUAUUUGGUGGCUGUUAGAUCCCAGAUCCUUAUGGAAUUAAGGAUCGCCGGACAAGAGGUGCGUAGGGGGGGUCUGUCUUGUUUGGGUACCCAGAUCCAAAAUUGUGGGAGGUCUGUACACAUAAGUUUUGUCUCUAGGUCUACCCACCUGUGCAAACCCUCCGGGGUGUGCCAUGCUAUUAUUUGGGCUAGUUGCGCCGCCAGGUAGUAUUGAUAUGAGUGGGAGUCCCAGUCCACCCUUCGCUUUCGGUCGGUACAUUACUCGUCUAGCAAUCCUGUGUCUUUUCUGCGCCCAAAUGAAGUUAUCUAUGUGUUUCUGGAUCAUCUGCAGGUCUUGUUUAGUGACUUUGGUGGGUAGGGCCUGGAACAAGAACAAUAGUCGUGGGAGUAGUGUCAUUUUAAUUGCGUGUUGUCUGCCAAUCCACGAUAUGGGCUUUUCAUGCCAUUUUUCCAAGUCACGACAAAGCGCCUGGAUUAUAGGCGGGUAAUUGGCACUAUAUAGUUUCGCCGGGUCUGAGGUGAGUUUAACGCCGAGAUAUUUAAUUUCGGAUCUCGUAAGUUUGAAGGGAUAGGCGUUUUUAAUGUCGUUAACGCUGUCUGCAUCCAUUUCUAUUGGCAUGGCCACCGAUUUUUCCAAAUUUAUUUGAUAGCCUGUGAUGCGUCCGUAUUCCUCUAGGAGGGUCAUAAGUCGGGGCAAGGAUUCUCUCGGGUUGGUGAUCGUGACCAGGACAUCAUCCGCGUAUGCGGAGACUUUGAAUUCUUCGUCCCUCGCUUUGACCCCGGUUAUGUGCUCGUCCUCCCGUAUCCUCUGCAAGAGAGGCUCCAACGAGAGGACGAACAGCAAAGGGGAGAGGGGGCAGCCCUGUCUCGUGCCGUUGGCGGGCGUAAAUGGGGUCGGGGUUGCUCCCUGUACGUUGGGCGCCCUUAAUAUUUUAAUAAUUUUUCAAUGCACCCCAAGUCAAAAAAGUUUUCAGAUUGUAUAUAUGUACAGCGCAGUGGCAUACAGUGAGGGGAAUAAAGUAUUUGAUCCCCUGCUGAUUUUGAAUGUUUGCCCACUGACUAAGAAAUGAUCAGUCUAUAAUUUUAAUGGUAGGUGUAUUUUCACAGUGAGAAACAGAAUAACAAAAAAAAAAUUCCAUAAAAACACAUGUCAAAGUUAUAAAUUGAUUUGUAUGUCAAUUAGUAAAAUAAGUAUUUGACCCCUUCAACUUAGCACUUGUUGGCAAUCACAGAGGUCAGAUGUUUCUUGUAGUUGGCCACCAGGUUUGCACACAUCUCAGGAGGGAUUUUGUCCCACUCCUCUUUGCAGAUCCUCUCCAAGUCAUUAAGGUUUUGAGGCUGACGUUGCCAACUUGAACCUUCAGCUCCCUCCACAGAUUUUCUAUGGGAUUAAAGUCUGGAGGCCACUCCAGAACCUUAAUGUGCUUCUUCUUGAGCCACUCCUUUACCUUAAUGUGCUUCUUCUUGAGCCACUCCUUUGUUGCCUUGGCUGUGUGUUUUGGGUCAUUGUCAUGCUGGAAUACCCAUCCACGACCCAUUUGCAAUGCCCUGGCUGAGGGAAGGAGGUUCUCACCCAAGAUUUGACAGCACAUGGCCCCGUCCAUCAUCCCUUUGUUGUGGUGCAGUUGUCCAGUCCCCUUAGCAGAAAAACACCCCCAAAGCAUAAUAUUUUCACCUCCAUGUUUGACGGUAGGGAUGGUGUUCUUGGGGUCAUAGGCAGCAUUCCUCCUCCUCCAAACACAGUGAGUUGAGUUGAUGCUAAAGAUUCAAAGAUUUUGGUCUCAUCUGACCACAACACUUUCACCCAGCUCUCCUCUGAAUCAUUCAAAUGUUCAUUGGCAAACUUCAGACGGUUCUGUACAUGUGCUUUCUUGAGCAGGGGGACCUUGUGGCCGCUGCAGGAUUUCAGUCCUUCGCAGUUACCAAUUGUUUUCUUGGUGACUAUGGUCCCAGCUGCCUUGAGAUCUCAUUUACAAGAUCUUCUCAUGUAGUUAUGGGCUGAUUCCUCACUGCUCCUAAUCUUAGCUCGUUACCUGUAUAAAAGACACCCGGGAGCCAGAAAUCUUGCUGAUAGGGGAUCAAAUAUUUAUUUCACUCAUUGAUAUGCAAAUCAAUUUAUAACUUUUUUUACAUGCGUUUUUCUGUAUUUUUUUUUAUUUUUUUUAUUCUGUCUCUCACUGUUGAAAUACACCAGAACCUAAUCUUGGGAGGGGCACUGGUAGAUUAUUUAAAGAAACAAUCCAGCCACAAUAACCACUACAGCAGUUUGUAGUGGUUAUGGUGCCAGUAGUGCCAUAGUGUGCUCCCAGAGUAAAUACUAAAACUUUUUAAGAACUGUUUAACGACUUAGCCUCCCAGGUGGAAAGCCUCAAAGCACAGCUGGAUGCGUAUGACACGAGGCUAGCUGAUAUGGAGGAUAGAGGGCGACAGAAUCAUCUCCGGUUGCGGGGCAUCGUGGAAGCCAUUGGACCGGCUGAGCUUCAAGCGCAUGUCACAGGCCUAUUCAAGGCCCUCCAACCAGAUUUGCCAAUGGAAAUGCUACUCAUAGACAGAGUCCAAAAGCCCAAGUCUAUACCGGCAGAGGUCCCUAAUGAUACCAUAUCAAAGAUGCUAUCCUGAGAGCAAACAGAAAUGCCAGAGACUUGCCAGCCCCAUACACCGGACACUCUGAUCUUCGCGGACAUUUCGGCCUUCUCACUCAGGAAGAGACGGGCCUUCUCCAGCAUCACAGGCCUGCUACGCAGCACCAUCUGCUUUACCGCUGGGGAUUCCCGGUCAAGCUGCUGAUCCACAGAAAUAGCAAGACGGUGAUAGCCAAACCUGAAGAAGGCCACAAGGUGCUGCGAGGCUGGGGUAUGGAACUGCGUGAGAGCCCAGAAUUCGACCGGCAAGCACGCAGACUUUCUCCAGAAUGGAAGAGAGCCAGACGGCUGUAAAAAUAACGCAAGUUCUGAUUACUAUGUUUAAUGUUUUAUUUGUGCCUUGUUACAGUGCGAUAUUGCCAUGGUUAGACGGCAAUUUAGUGGAUGAGGCCCACAGCUAACAUUGAGAUUUAAAGGUUGUACAUAGUUGAGACAUGGUGCAUUGAAAAAUUUAAAAGGCUAACCGAUGCUCAGGCUGCGGACCCAAUGACCCCCACUGUGCAGGUGCUUCAGGCCUUAAGACAGGAGAAGGACGAAGGUUGGCUACCGCUCCCCCCACCCCCACCAUACACAUGGCAUGCCCUUUCCUUUCCACUUUUCCUCUCUCAUCCCCUUCUGCCCACGUGAGAAGGGCAUCCAUUUUUGAUGCUCAGGGAUUAUCUGCUACACUGGAUAGAGAGAGCAUUUAUCAGAGUGUGUUCUAAUGCAGCAAGCUGACAAUUAUUAUUAGAAAUAUGUUGCAAAAUUCAGAUAUAGUGCAGAAAUUACACUACAUUUUCUAUAUUUUCCCACGCAUUUCCUGAAGGAUUCCCACCCUACUAUUCUCCAGCGGGAAUAUCUGCACCAGUUCCAUGCCACCGCCAACACAAAAACCAAAGGGACUUCGAUCCUUAUUAGUAAACAUGUAGCCUUCCAGCUACACUCCCAACUUCUUGACGAGGAGGGUAGAUCAUCCUGGGAACACUUAACGAAAUGCAGUAUACAAUAGCCAACAUAUAUGCCCCGAAAACUGGCAAGAGAAACUUUAUCCAAAAAAUCCUAUACAGACAGGCAUAAUGGUCAUAUGUGGUGAUUUCAACCACAUCAUGGACAUCACUUUAGACACAACUCUCCCAUCCAGUAGAGCUAGCUCUCAUCCCCUAAAGAGACAAUGCCGUGUGCUCCAAAAACUAUUACAGGAACAUCAUCUUUGACAUUUGGAGGGUACACCAUAGGGGGGAAUGAGAGUAUACUUAUUUCUCCUCGGUCCAUGACUCGUUUUCGAUGAGACCUAGACCAGGUCUUGCAAUGGAUGAAAGGGCUGGGGGGGUGGUCUGACCAUGCACCGGUGACACUAAUGUUAAAAGACCUUUACGACACUAGACACCGUAGCCCCUAGAGACUCAAUGGAUCUCUCCUGCGGGAUCCGGAGUUUGCUCGGGACAUACAGACACAACUGUCCCAAUAUUUUAUUGAAAAUAAGACACAGGACACUUCCUGCUCCACUCUUUGGCAAGCGCAUAAGGCAGUGGCCAAGGGCAACCUCAUAAAUAGGGUUUCCUACCUUAAGAAAAGUGCCCAAGCCUAGACCAAGGAUUGGCAAAAGACUCUCUAUGUCAUGCUUAGACAAAACCAAAUCACCCCAUCUGACGCACUUCGUACCCAAAUAGCACAGAUUACCAGACUGCUUAAUCAACAGGCGAUUAACAACACAAGAUACAUGCUGAGAAGACUUAAGACUACUCACUACCUGCAAGGGAACAAAGAAGGUAAGGUGCUUGCUACUCAAAAAAUAGCACACCUCCUCUCCCACACAGGGGACAAAGUCUUGGCACAAUAUAAUACUCCAAGUUAAAUAACAUUCGUAUUGAAAAAAAACAUAUAUCACUGAACUGGUUCUGACAUAGGCACAUAUUUGGAUCCCAUCCUAUUGCCCACACUGUCACCGACCCAACAACACGAUCUAUCCUCAGCUAUCAGAAGAUGAGGUCGAUUUGUGGACACAUUAAACGCAGCCAUAAACUCGGGCAAGAUGCCUCAAGAAACCCUGUUAGCCCAUACAGUCAUCCUCCCUAAACCUGGGAAACCACCCACCCACAAAACUUUUGUCUUAUAUCGCUCCUCAAUAUGGAUGCAAAAUCCUGGCCACUAGACUCAGCUGCAUUCUGCCCCAUGUCAUACACCCAGACCAAGUAGGAUUUAUUAAGGGGAGACAAGGGGGCGAUAAUACCUGCAAGGUCCUGGACAUCAUGUAUGGCCUUAAGCACUCCUAACAGGGAUACCUGGUGCUUUCGCUAGAUGCGGAGAAGACCUUCGACCAUCUGCACCGGGGAUUCCUGGCAGGGUCCUAGGAAAGUUUGGAGUCCCGCGGGAGUUCAUGGUGGCGGUCGGGGCCUUGUAUCACAAACAGCACAGCUUUUAAAUGCAGGGUUCGGUUUGGACCCCUUCCACAUAACCAACACCAUGCUGCAGGGGUUCACACUGUCUCCAUUGCUAUGUCAUGGUGCUGGAGCAUCUGGCUGCACUGAAUAGGCAAAAUAACGCCAUACAUGGUAUCGGAGUGGGAGAGAGGGAGUUCAAAACCAACCUCUUUGCCGAUGACGUCGUAAUUAUGCUAUCCCAACCAGAGGUCUCCCUCCCAAACCUCCUGAGUCUGAUCAGUGACUAUGGAAAAUAUUCAUAUUACAAAAUGAAUAUGGCCAAAACCCAAGUCAUGAGCAUAGGCAUCCCGGCGAUACAGACAGGUGCAUUAAAAGCAUCCUUUCUGUUCGUCUGUAAACCUCCCUGCCGAGGAGGACCCUAUCCAUUACCUACAACAUACUCAAUGUCACCUCCACAAAACACGCAGAAUCAUAUACACCCUGUUCCAAAUUAUUAUGCAAAUUAUAUUUUUCUCAUUUACCUCAAUAAUUGAUGUAAAUAAGUCAGCAUAAUUCUCAUGUUAUCAACUAUUAAGAGUACAAUUAAAAUUUUAUUGAACAAACCUAAUGAUAACAGUAUUUUAUUUUAUUUUUUUAAACAUAAAAAACUUACAAUGCACUGUUCCAAAUUAUUACGCACAGUAAGUUUCAAAAUUUUUUUUUUUUUUUUUAAAUUCUUUAUUUUGUCACAGUCAACAAGAUAUAUAUAUUGCGUGUAAUACAUUCAAUGAAGCAUAUCACUGUUUUUAAUGUUCUGCAGACAUUGGUGGGAUAGCGAUGUUGGCUGUGAUUUUUUUUUUUUGUUUUUGUUUAUGGUAAUGUAGCUUGUUACUGCCAUGGUCAUGUCUUUAGCGAUGGUUGUGGUUAGUGUAGGUGUCAGGGACAUGUAUGGCUCUGUGGUAUCAGAAAGUGAGAGAAAGUGCGAUAUAUUUCUAUGGUGGGUUGGGUGCUGAGUGGGCUCAGCUCCACUUGGUUGAGUAAGUGUAAGUGGUUCCUAGCGCGGAGCUGGGGGGGGGUAAGGUGUUCGUUAAGGAGCUAGUGUUUCUGAGUUUCGGCUUGUUUAGGUCUGGGAGGUGGCGGAGAUGGGUGCGGCCCGCUGUUAGUGCAUGGUGUGGUAUGUUGCACCGUGUCUAAGCGGUGUAUAUAACACAAACAAAAAACAGAGGGGGUACAAUACAAACGGUAUAACUUAUGCUGCGUCUACAGUUUCUCAGCGUGAGGCUGGCCCUAUGAGGUGCCUGUGCCUCAUAAUACGAGAAGAAGAAGAAAAAAAAAAAAAUCCCAAGAGGUUAAGUAACCAUAUAUAAAAGAAACUAUAUAAAUGAAAAGAUGUAAUGUCCAGAGUCACGUGGUUGCACGGCUGGGUAUGUUCCGAUUUGCCGGGAUGAACGGGACAGAGUUGGCCGGGUCCCAUGUUGUCGGUGCCGGCGUUGCUGCGUGGUUCAGGCCCAGAGUGGUCAGGGUUGCCUCUAUCUGCGAUGCCUCCGCUACCUUGAUCUCCGUGUUUUGGUGCUGGAUAAUAAGCAUGUGUGUUGGGCCCCAUCGGUACUUGAUUCCUUUCGUUGAUAGUAUGGAUGUGAGGGGUCGUAGCGUCUUCCGCCACUGAAGUGUCGGUCGGGAGAGAUCUGAGUAGAAGGUAAUGUCCAUUUCCUCAAAGCGGAAUGGGGGUUUCCCCCUCACUGCUUUCAAGAUGGCUGCCUUAUCUUGGCCGUUUUGGAAUUUGACCAGUAGGUCGCUGGUGUUGGAGGCCGCAGCUGCAGGAGGCUUUGGGAGCCAAAACAUCCCCUCUAGUGUGAUACCUUUUGCUUGUUUGGGUGACAACAGUGCUGUGAAGAGCCUACGCAGGCAGUGGGGCAGUUCUGCUUGUGUGAUAGUGUCCAUGAGGCCCCUGAUCUUUAGGUGUUUCCACCUUCUCUUGUCCUCCAUUGCUGCUAAUUGGUGACUCAGAGUGGUGUGAGCUGCAGUGAGAGUGGCAAUCUGAUUCUGCAGCCCUAGGAUGUGGGCUGCAUGCGUUGUGGUUGUCUGCUCAAUUAUAUUUAGGCGCCCGUUAAACCCCUUGAGGUCCUCUCUCACCUGGGAGAUUUCUGAGGAGAGGCUGUGGCGGAGGUCCGCCAGGAGGCCGGUAAGUAUCCCUGUGGUGAGUGGUUCUGACCCUUUGGCUGCUGGCUGGGCAGAUGUUGGAGGGUUGAUUCCCCGCUCUUCUGUAUCGUGGAGGGAGUAGUCAGCCGAGUCAUCUGAGAAAUCUCCCAUGUCCGCCGCCAUGUCAGUUCUCCCCGCGCCAUGCGGUCCCCUCAGGAGGUCGCCGAUAUCGGCACAGAAUCUCGGUCGAUCCGGACGGGGUUUCUUAGUUUUUCUCCCCAUCGUAAGGAGAGCUGUCCGAGGCUUGUUGGGGGGUGUUACACCCCUGUGUUCAGCAGGAUUAGGGCGUUUUUCGUGCCCGUUUGUCGGAGCUCAAGCAGAGAGCGACCGUUGCCGUCGGGUGCUAGCUCCGCCCCCUCAAAACACUUUAUAGGUUGUAAAGAACUGAAAACUGUCAUUUGUUGUGUUUGCAGCAUAUUUACUGAAAUCAAAAGCUAUUUCAAUCAAACUUAUAACAACAUUUUAACUUUUUAAACAUUUUAACAGGUCACGUUACAUUUAACAUAGGACCCGUUAUUUGAUAGCAGCUUCACAAGUCUUGCAUCAAUUGAACUUUUGAGUUUUUGGACAGUUUCUGCUUGAAUUUGUUUGCAAGAUGUCAGAAUAGCCUCCCAGAGCUGCUGUUUGGAUGUAAACUGCCUCCCACCCUCAUAGGUCUUUUGCUUGAGGAUGCUCCAAAGGUUCUCAAUAUGAUUGAGGUCAGGGGAGGAUGGAGGCCAAACCAUGACUUUCUCUCCUUUUAUCCCCAUAGCAGCCAUUGAUGCAGAGAUAUUCUUUGCAGCAUGAGAUGGUGCAUUGUCAUGUAUGAAGAUGAUUUUAUUAUGGAAAGCAUAGUUCUUCCUUCUGUACCAGGGAAGAAAGUGGUCAGUCAGAAACUCCACAUACUUUGCACAGGUCAUCUUUACACCUUCGGGGACCCUAAAGGGGCCGACCAGCUCUCUUCCCUUGAUUCCGGCCCAAAACAUGACUCCACCACCGUCUUGCUGACGUCGCAGCCUUGUUGGAACAGGGUGGCUGUCCACCAACCAUCCACUACUCCAUCCAUCUGGACUAUCCAGGGUUGCACGGCACUCAUCAGUGAACAGGACUGUUUAAAAAUUAGUCUUCAUGUAUUUUUCUGCUUGUGAGCAUUGGUUAGUGGUGGCCAAAUAGAAGGUUUAUGCACAGUUGCAAGACUCUGGGGGACUCUACACCUUGAUGUCCGUGGGACUCCAGAGGCACCAGCAGCUUCAAAUAUUUGUUUGCUGCUAUGUAAUGAUAUUUAAGCAGCUGCUCUUUUGAUCCGAUGCAUGGAUCUGGCAGAAAUCUCAGGAGCUGCUAGAGUUCACUCUCACGAGUUUCGGAGCAUUCCGUGGCAAUGCUUCAAGCUCACGAGAGGAGAACCUGGCGGAGCUGCAGGUUAGAGCUCCCCAGGGUCCUCUCUCCCUCCCCUGCCGGCUGCAGCAUUACACUGCUAGUGGGACAAGAGGAAGAUUGCUGAUCUCCCCUCCAGAACCUUGCCUCCCUCUCAGCCGACAGGGGAGAGGGAGGCAAGGUUCCCGGUGCAUGAUCGUAGCACCGAGAAAAUAUCUUGCGGCUCCCGUGUGCCCACACAGUUUAGGACUCGCUGGUCUAGACCAAGGACACUUACUGGUAUGGUGGUCUGACAAGGAUCUGAACCAGAGUUUCCCAGUUCUAAGGAAGUGACAUUACUGCCGAUAUUGUUUCACCCUUGUCUGAAAUGUCCUUCUUGGUCCUCUCUUUUUCUCUUUACUUCUUGCUGUACCUCUUUUGUGGUCCCUAUGUUCUCCUUGUGCUCUUUUCUCCAGACAGUCCAUCUUUUAGUUCCCACCUUGUUUGUAUCUCUACAAAUAGAAGAUAAUACCACUCAGUAGGUGUAAUACAACACACAAACCCUCACUGAGCAUUCCUGACCCACACAGUUUUCUAAACACUUGGUCAUUCACAGUUGCACUACUAAAGUGUCACUACCCCUCAAAAUUAUUCUGUGAAUCUUAUUCUCCUGGAUUAUCUUUUUAAACAAAUUUAAAACUGUUAUGAUAUGAAUAUCCUCAAAUGUAGUUAAAUAUGUGUGUGUACCAGCUGUGUUCUACAGCCUAUAUAAUUGUUUUACAAUGUGUUCAUUUUAGAACCCAUACAAGCAAGCGUGAUCUGAACCUGGACUACUUACCUUACAUGAGAGACACACUGGUCAGGCCCCUGUCAGUGCGUGGAGCCGACGGCGUGCAGGACGUGGUGGAUAUGAUGGACAAUUACUACUUGAUGAAAGAAGAUUUUGAUAACAUUAUGGAAAUAUGCAAUUGGGGAGGAAAACCUGGACCCUUUUCUAAACUUGAUCCCAAGGUAUGAUGAUAAUCCAUGUUAGGAUUCACUAGUGAUGGUGUGUCAGCAACAACUAUACAGUCUGCCUGUGUCCUGUCCUAUUUCAUUCAGACGUGGACAUCUCCUGGCAUUCAGAAAAGGCAGAGUAUCUUGGGAGAUGUAGUUUAAAGCAGCUGGACUACCCAAAGGUGGUCAUCAAUACAAAUCUGCUUUAUUUUUGAGAUUAGAGAUUAACAAGGUGAAGAAAAGUGCAAAAGUGAAUCAGGUUCAGUUUUCCAGGAAUCCAGAUUGCUGAUCCAGAAAAGAAUGCCUAAAUCACAAAAAGUUAAGUUUUCAAACCCUAAACUGCUUAGUAGGUGACAUCACACUGUGUGUUACAAACUGUACAACAUGGUGGGAUUGACAUUGCACAAUGGAAUCCCCCAAUAUUCACUUCCCUGCCUGAGAGUAUUGGGGGUUAGAUUCCCACCCAGCAGCUUCUGUUUGCAGCUACCAAAAUCCAUGCAAAUAGCAGCUACUGCCUGAGCGUGUAAUUUCCACCAGCUCUGCACACAAGGAUAUGGCUUGAUUUUUCUCUAACAUUAAAGGUGCAUUAGCUCUAAUAUUAAGGCUUAUUUGAAUGUCAUUAUGUACACAUUAGAUGCAUAAAGCUGUAACGUGUUAGGUGGAAAUUCAGUCAUGUGGUUCUGAUUUACAAUAAACAACAAAACAAAAGACUGGUUUUUAGUCGUCCUUUGACCGUGUCAGAGAUUGUGCUUGUUCCUUGCCAUUCCAGCCACAGUGAAAGAGAGCAGGCACAUACUCACAGAUGUGUAGACAUGUUUAAAUACACACACUUGCUCCUGCCUGGCUGCAAUUCUCUCCCAUUCUCUAUACUAUUAUGCAAGUGAUGUGCUGCAGGGAGUGAGACACUGUAUCUUUCUUCCCAAAUCAUCAUUUGACUUGUCUGCAAAGCAAGAGGGAACAAAUUAAUGACAGCACUCCUGAACUGUGGCUGCUACAAGGAAGAGUAACUCCCAUCAACCUCAGGAAGCCUGGGACCUGUAUGACGCUGUGCUAAGGUUUUAGAUCUGUGCUUUGCCAAAAUGUAAUUACAUGUUGUGAUGUUUUUACUUUGCAGUAUGGUGAUUAAUAUAAUCAUCUUCCCAAUAAAGUAAAAUACAGAUUCUAAUAUAUAUAUAUAUGUUUGUAUUUGAUAUAGAUAGAUAGAGAUGGAUGUGGGUGUGUGUGUGUGUGUGUGUGUGUGUGUAUAUAUAUAUAUCUAUAUCUUUCUCUAUCUUAGCAGCAUAGCUGUCCCAGUAAAAUGAACAAUGUUUAAUGUUUCUUGACUUCUUUUCACAGGUUAAAGCUGCCUUUACCCGUGGCUACAACAAGGAAACCCACCUGACGCCUUAUUCUAUCCAAAUAGUCAAGGCUUCAAAACGAGAGGCUGUUUCAUCUUUAGAUCCAGAGAACAAUGAGGAGGCAGCGGAGUCUCAGAACGAAGAGAAAGAGGAAGACAUUGAAACUGAUGCAAUGAUCAAGGUAAUUGUGAUAUUUAGUCGGCAUGUGACAUUCGCUUGCUUUGUUUCCCAGUUCGUUGUGUAUUUUUGUCUUGGAGUUUUCUCACACCCAAUGCUAGAGUUUUUGGUUAUGAUUGUUGUAUAUUUGCUGGGUUAUAAAUGCUUGCCUUUCUAAAACAAAUAGUGUUUUCUACUAAUGUAGUAAUGUUAUACUAGGGUUACAGGGCCCCCAUAAAAGAUCUGUAAUUGCCUUUAUUUUAGCACAACCUAAUUGCUAACAAAACUUAGCUGUUUGAAGGUGUUCUUUUAUUUCCAUUUUCAUGAUUUGCUGGGCAAAGACAAAGUAUGUAAGUUAAGUUUUGUAUUGACAUGCGUAUGGCGCAUACAGAACUGAUUUAGAAAAGCACACGUGCACGCUUACAAUAUAUCUCCUUUAGAUGUUCCAUUUAGCACCACUCUGCAAUUCACCGCAGCAAACAUGGAAAUAGUGAUUGUUCUUCUUUAAAACAUUUCACAAAUGAUCGACCCAUAAAAUUGCUGAGCAGAACAGUGAGGAUGGCCUUAGUCUCUGCUGUUAAAAACUAUACAGUUGAUAAUUGAGCUCCCUUUAAAGGGAAACUAUAGUGCCAGGAGAACAAAGUUGUUUUCCUAGGACUAUAUCUCCCCCCCACCCAUGGUGCAGAAGCGCCAAUGUCCCUCGGCGCUGGUUCGGGUCUGUCUUCGCACCUUCCCCACCGCUUAUGACUUAAUGCUCAUGCGUGACAAUGGCCACACUUGCAUCAGGAUUUCCCCAUAGGAAAGCAUUAUACAAUGCUAUCCUAUGGGGAUUCGGGUACGCUGGACGUCCCCAUGCAUUGUGUGAGGAUGUCCAUCGUCUGUCAGGCAACCAAACGUUGCCUAACGUCAUGGAAGUCCCUCUAGUGACUGGAGUUAACCCAUGAAGGUAAUUAUUGCUGUUUCUUAAAAACGGCAAUAAUUAGCUUUGCAGGGUUAAUGAACCUGGGACAGGGCAACCAGACAACUUCAAUGAGCUGAAGUAGUCUGGGUGUCUAUAGUGUCUCUUUAACUGGUUGCAUGUUCUUGGAAAUCGGCCAGUCAUACUCCCCUUCUUUUUAAAGCACCUCUAAACAUAUUCCAUGUGCUCCGGUAUUUUAUGGUUUCUGGUAGUAAUAAUACAGCUUUAUCUGUAGGAGCUUAAAUGAUGACAUAAGUUACAGCAACAUAUUUGGAGCAAAGAGGGAAGCACUUCAGGUUGGGAGGGAGGGAGGGGUGCACAGGAUAGUCUAGUGCAACAUUAAUAAAAAAAAAUGAACAAGAAAAGAUUGAUGUAGAUAAAAACAAGCAGCAAACAAUACACAAAACCUUUCCUAUUUAUUUACAGGCAAAAAAGCCAAAGAAUACCAAAGCAUCAAAACCAGAAAAGACUGGAGGGAAAAAGCAAGGCAAGGCUAAAGGAAAAACCGCCAAAUGAACAGUGAAUUAAUUCCGUAGGAAUGGUCCGAAACGGAACGCUGUGAUCGCAAUCCACUGGUAUUACUUGUUACUGAAUGAGAGCAUCUAAUGGUUACCCAUGUAAUGGUGGAACCCAGGCUCGUAUAAAGCAGGGAAAGCAACAUUUUAACUUUCCAUCAAAGCCGCAAGCUCAGAAUGGAUAAAAGAAAUUAAUUUUAGGACAGCUAUAGUCUGCUGGGCAGUUUGGGGUGCUUGUGUUUUUUUUUUUUUUUUGUCCAAUUUCUAAUGUCUUUGUUUUACAAUUUCUUUUUCUCUUUCUGUAAAUAGCAAAUAUUAAAGAUUUUGUUUUGUAUAAUACUUAAAUAUAACUAUAUAAAUCUGCAUUAAAAUUAGUUUCACAUAUGUCUGUUUUGCACCAUUUGUAAACUAGUGAGUGUGUGCGAGAGGCUACAUCAUGCAUUAAUAUUUAUAUUUGGUGUUACAGCAUUGUGCUUUUAAUGUGGAGCCGGAACUCUCAAAAUAAAAGGGACACUCCGCACACCUAAAACCACACUAGCUUGAUGAGAUGCUUUGCGUGAACCACAAUCUGCAUAUAUCAAUAGAAAUUGGCACAUUUAUCAAGCAGGCAAUCGGUCCUGCUAUUUUCCUGGUUUGGUUAGCUCAGUGGACCUAAACUCAAGGCAGGGAUUGCUCAGAGUACCUGUCUGGCAAAAAUGUCUCAUUGAGCUGCAUUGGAAAGUCUGUGAUUGGACAGCCACAGAAAU